ACCGUGGAAAGCAACGUGAGCAAAAUUUCUUCCACUGGAGACGAAAAUCCGGAACCGCGAACCACCCGUCACUGUGUUGCAGCAAACCAUCCGAAGGGGGUGAGAACGAACAUAGAACGCAGUUGCGGAAAGCCGGAAGUGGGCCAGUUGCCCGUGUGUGUUUGCUGUUCGGGAAUUUGUGUGCAUUUUGCAACCCCUCACCCACUUCCGUUAGGGCUGAGUACGGAGGUGAACAGCAGUGAAGUGAAGUGUGCACAGUGAGUGUGAAGGUGGUUUCGGCAGUAAUCUAUAGUUUCCAUCGGAUUCGAUCCGCUGGAGGCUCUCUCUCUAUCUCUCUCGCUUUCGCUUUCUCUCUGGAAGGAAGUGACCGCGGAAGUGCGUGGAAGGGGUUUGUGUCAGGGGCGAGUGCGACGAUCCGGGAAAACCGGGAUUUUGCGAAGAGUCGUCUAAUAUUUCUAGUGGCUGUGCGGUGUGGACUGUACCAGUCCUCGAAGUUGACCUACGCGAAGUGCGCUCGCGAGUGUGUGGUUAACAGUGUAUCUGUGUGUGCAUGUGUUUGUAUGUGUGUGUGUUUUGGGUUGGCCUGUGUUAGUGAUUGUGUCCGGUUGCAGGAAAGAGUCACCGCAGGUGAAGUGGAGUAGCGGCUGAAGAUCUUGGUGAUUCCGUCGCAGAGGAGUGCGGGGAAAAUUUACGGCUCGGAUUAUUAAUGAAGGAUGAUGAAAAAAGUGUAAAACGUUUGCGGAAUAAAUUUUACUCUCGAGCGUUGGCAGUAGAUAAAAAGCAUUUUUUUCGCCACCGCCGGCUUGCGGUGGUUUGGUCGUAGCGAAAUAAAGUGUGGUGACACAGACAGUAAAUAUUUGGGCUAUGUGGAGCCGAGUGUUCGUUCGGCGGUCGGAUAAAAUCGGAGUCAGAGUGAUCAGCGCAUAAAUCAGCAGCUGUGGAAGAGAGAGGUGCUAACGUCCCAAUUUCUUCAGAGUGCACUGUAAAAAAAGAGUGUUCUAUUGUUCUACUGGGAAAGUGAAAAGUGCACUUUCUAAAACAAAAGAAAAGUUUGUUUUCGGUUCUGCAAGAAUAGUGCUCUAUUGCCCUGUAGUGCGAUUUACUUCGUUUAGUAUAUUUUGGUAAAAAGCAUUAAUAGCAUCAAAACAACAAACCGGGCUUAAUUGUUCCUUUUUGUUACAAAGUGUCGCAGCCGCACCGAAUGGAAUCAUAAUCCAACGAAACGAGGAAAUCCGGGCAAAACGACGAUCAUUAGCAGUCGAAACGCGCACAGAACAACCCUCCCUACCCAACCAAUUCGUAUCAUCACCCACACGCCAGAACCAUCCACCGAACCCGGGACAGACCGCCAUUAGGAAGUCAACUCGCGUGCCAUUUGCUAUUUCUUAAAACCUACUCUCUUAUCUGGCUCGCUCCGUGACAAAAUACCUACACGCAAAAGUACGGAAUAGCGGAAUAGGGUGAAAAAUAAAUAGAACAAAAAUAAAUAUAAAACAGCGGCAGCACAAUCCGUUUCGAAAGCACCGUUUAACGUACGCUUAGGUCCUCGGUCCUGUAGAAUUUUUUUUCUCCCGCAAAAGGUAACCUCACCGCAGAUAUACUGUCACCAGGAUAAUGGAUAAAAUUUGGAUAACUUUCCUGCUGUUGAUCGUCGCAAUCAUCCACGUGCGAACAAAUGGACAAUCAGUACUGAACGUGCAGCUGGUGGUGAAAAAGUACGUGGAACGGGGCAGCGCAGUGGCGCUGUACUGUGAAAACGAUGCGGCCCCGAAUAUUCUGUACAAGGUAACGUUCCUGAAGGGAGGCAGUAAAAUAUUCGAAUACAUCAAGGGCCGGAACCCACCGUACCGGAACUUUUCGAUUCCGGGCGCCGAGAUAGAUUGGAAAAAGGUGACUCCUUCCACGCUGACGUUGAAAAACGUUGACUACGAAGCAUCCGGUUCCUAUUAUUGCGAGGUCUCGACCGACACUCCCAUCUAUACGAAGGCGUCCAACGAUGAACCACUGCACGUCAUGCUUCCCCAGAAAGGCCCACCAACGAUAGAAUUCGCAAAAAAGCAGCUCUACUACGGCGAUAUGCUGGUGGCCAACUGUACCACGUCUCGGGCCCGGCCAGCUCCGCACAUCACCUGGCUAAUUAAUGGGAAACAGGUGGCUGACGCACACGUCCGGCAGAUCCAUCACAGCUCGAAGAACAGUCACCGGACGAAGCAGCAGCAGACGCUACCAUCCUCGGGUAGUGCUUUCCAGUCGGUGUAUCACGGAAAAGUAAUAGUCGAUUCACCGGCCAACACUGGCGCCAGUGGGUCCACAAUUGGAGGCUCCGGAACCGGGAACAGCCUGAAGGAUCUGAAGCUAAAGGCAAAAGCCGUCGACGAAGAGCUCCAAGUGAAGGCGGCCAAGGCUUCGCUAGCUGGCAUUAACGGGUUCAACGGCUACUCCCAGCCGUCCGGUAAAGCCGCAAACGUCGGUUAUAAUGGCGAGGGUGGCUUCCAGAUUCAGCCCAACACUGGAUACAACAGUUUUGACGCGGGGUACAACUUCGGCAUGAAGACACACCACCGGGAGCGCGAGAGGAGCGGUGGUAUCGGGGUGUUUACCAUGGGUGGUGAUCGGAUGGGUGAUGAGGCGGAUGAGGAAGAGGAGAGUGAUAAAAAGACUUCCUGGCUUAGAGGCGACUAUCACACAAACGUGCACUACGACAAUAAGCAACAGCAGCAGCGACAGGAGCAACACUUUGAUAAUUUGUAUCGGAAGCAUCGCAAUUCCUUCGAGCACAAAUACCGACGGCACGUGAAUGAUGCGACUGGGGGCGGCGGGCUGGAACAGCGCAAAAUACACCGUGUAUCCGCUAGUUACAGCCAAUUAUCGAUACGGAUCACCGAAGCCCUAACGAACAAUCUCGGCCGGAUAGAGAUAACCUGUCUGGCAACGAUUCCGGCCCACGUGGAGCAGGGCGAACAGUACGCGGACUACAAAACGUCCCUCAUCAAACUGGACAUUGAGCAGAACGACAUGACGUCACCGGAACCGUCCACGGGUUCCUUGGCGCACGCCAAAUCGGACGCAGUGCAAACGUCAAAUUUUCAGACCGUUUCGGCAGGACUCUGUCGGAAUUUGCUAGCGAUCCAAUGCAGUCUGGUGGCGCUAGUCUACUUCUAUCGGCGGAGUUCGGCCACCACUUGGUAUUCCCUUACGUCCCAGUCGUAAUUCUCACAGCAAAACAGUCAUCCCUGUCGUUGUCAUCGCCGAAUCGCAGUCGCAUCUCAAUUGUUGAGAAAAUAAUUUUUACAAAGGGCAGCUAUCUCGAGUGUUAGAACAUUGUAGAAAGGUGAAGUGAAAAUAAAACAAAAAGAGAGGAUAAAUGUAGACGAGAAAUAUGCACAACGCAGCCAAACAAACUACGAAACGACUUAAAUAGUAAUGGGACGGAUUGCGAGACGAGAUGUGUGAACCAAAAAAAAGCAACAGCGAGCACUUACUGUACAGAGCCAAAGUAGAGCGUAUAAUUUUCCGUACGCGACAGUUAGUAAAGAUAUCACAGAACAAAAAAAAAAUAAGAGGUAGACUGAUUUCCCAAAGACAACCCGAGUGAAAGCCAGACCCCCAGAUCAGAGAUGUCAAAUCAGCACCCGGUUGAUGAGGUUAGCUAACGGAACUAUUUUUCCCCGUUUUUUAUUGAUCCUGGAUACGGACGGGAAGGAUGGUAAACUAGUCGCAACUUACGUACACAAUAAUUGCAAAACAAACCAAAAAUAAAAACUAUUGUACACACGGGGGACAUAAAUUGUGAAGCAUAACCGAUAGUUCGUUCUCCGUAGGUUAGAAAAUCUCUGUGUGUGUAUGUGUAUGAGUGUAAGUGAGUGUGUGAGUUCGCAGCUAAUGGUUGCCCACAAUGAAUUAAUAUUUUUUGAAGCAGCUUCACGAUUGAAAAAAAAACCACGAUCGAAUUCGCGAAAUUUGCUUAUAACCCAAAUAUUUUACCCUUCCCGAGAGUAUAUAUCAACAAUCAUUCCAGCGGAUAAGUUCUAACCUAUUCUCUACUACUGAGAAGCUAAAAAAUGGACCUAAAUGAUGACCGAGAAAAACUGUAAACAAAUACUCAAGCAGAGAACCGAAACAUGUUGUUCCACCAGAAGUAGAAAGUGAAUAUUUAAAGAGAGAGAAAAAGUCAACCACAAAAAUUAGGAGAAAAAAAGUUAGACAUUAAAGCAAGAGAGCCUACAGGUCAAGUUGGUGAUUUGUUUUUCCAUUCGUCGGUUCUACAAUUGCAAACUUGACGGCAAUGGCGGCUGCUUAGAGCAAACGGUAGCGUUAGACGAAAAUCUAAAUAUUUAUUUUUCAACGAAUGGCGUGGGCGGGGAGGCGGAGGCGACAAUCCGCGCGUGGUCGUCCGAUGUGAGAUGAACGAAUGCCUCGGGAAAUCUCGGAAAAUUGGUUGAUGACGUUUAUUUAUAUUUUUCUCGUUUUUUUCUGUUUUUUGAGGAGGCUGAACGACCCUUCUCGAGCGCGAGACAAGAGUCAAAAAAACGAUGAAUAUUUGAUGAGGGUAAAGAACGGAUUUUUCUUCUUCUGUGUUUCGGGUUGCUGCUGAAUUAGAUUUUUUCUUCUUCUAAAUUUAGCACAGAUACAGAAUAAAUCGUCUCGAGAGAUGAUGGUAAUCAAAGACAUUGUUAUUAAUUUGAGAGUUUGAGAGCUUCUGACUGGGUUGGUUUGCGAUAAGUGAAUGCAAAAUUUUACACGUUGAAAAUGAAACCUCACAAAUUUACAAACAAUUUCUUCAAGGUAUCAAAAAUUUAUCGCUUAGUAAAACGUGAUAAUUGUUCAAAAGCAAAAGCAAAGAGUUAAAAUAGUAAAAAUCAUCCAAAGUUAAAUCAAUCCAUUUUCAACAUAAUCCGUGGCUUUACCUAAAACUGUCAUGAAAUUGAAGACAAGUGUUGCGAUAAUAGAAUCUGGUAGCCUAAGUUGAAAUUUUGAUGAUGAGAUUUCUGAGUAGAUUUUUUUUUGGGUGUAACGCUUUUCCAUUGUACGAAAAACCGCUCAUGCGCCAUCUUAUUAAUUUUUAACAGUUAAUACUAGACUUCAUCCCUCGGUUUCAGAACUUUUACUCUGUUACUCACCCGUAAUCUCAGCGCUUGUUUUGAAGCCGCUACGGCUGGCCUAAUACUGCAUAACUAACCACGGUUAAUUUAAUCGUACGCAGAUUCAGUGUCUGGAAAUAGAAAGAUUCAAAUUGGCAAGCACCUCUCUCGUGAAUAACACCAAAUAAUUCACUAUAUAUUCUCAAAAAUAAGUAAUCCCGAUGGUAGUAGUAUUUGGUCUGGUUGCAGUGACUCGAGAGGACGGUAGCUCCGACACAAAUUGCUGAAGCAGUUUGGAGCGGUCUUCUACGCAGGUAAUGCACUUUCGGUUGACGAUUCUUGCACACACAUCAUUUCUUCUUUUCUCUAAUGUAUCCUUAUCCAGCAGCCUGCACUUCUCUGUAUAUGAAGGAAGCUCCACGGGAUCAGUCCAAGAGUGGCCUCGAAGUAUGUAGCUGAUGAACCUUCUCUGUACAGACUCGGUUUGUGUAGUCCAAAACCCAGUAUAAGGACUACAAACAACUGCCGCCGUUUCGAAAGUAGAGCGUACAAGCGAGUCCAAUGGUCUCAAGCAGUACGCAUCACGGAACUCAUUAGCAAUUUUCAUUACAAAUCCCAGGAUCUUGUUUGCUUUGGAAAUGAUACUGCUGUAAUGAUCGUGGAAUAUGAGCACGGUAUCCAAUAGAACACCAAGAUCUUUAACAAUCGUUACUCUUUCAAUAUCCUUACUGUUAAUGGAGUAGCUGUAUUCGAUUAGGUGUUUUUCGGUUGAAGCUGAUUACGGAGCACUUGGCAAAACUGAUACCGGGACGGUUACAAAUAUACCAUUCAUGGAAUACGUCAAUCAGUUUUUGUAAUUCAAUACAAUCAUUAACUGAGUGAACUACAUAGCAGAUUUGAGGUGAUCAGGCGUACACGAUUCUGCAUCCUGAAGCAGUGCCAAGCAUACAUCGUUGUAAUACAGCGAAAACGGCAAAGGUCCCACAUUGCUACCUUGAGGUACACCUGAAGUACUUCGGAAAUCACGGUAUUCUGUGUUCCCUAGUUUUGCAAAGAAGAAGUGGUUUUCGGAGAAUGAUUUCAGGAAAAAAACAUGCUGAUCCGUUGAAAUGUAUAACGUAACACUCCUUUGCAACGAGCCACCGAUCAUGAGCUCAGACAGUUUUUAUCCAGCACAAAGCGAUGUAAUCCCUCGAAGGUUGGUAACAUCACUUUUGUUGAAGUAGAAUACUGCCGUUCUACGCAUAGUUGUCCCAUGUUACUUUUGGUCGAUUUUCGUUUUAUCCCCAAUGAGUCUAUUUUCAUGUAUAUUUUUGAGAAACUUUCAAAAAUAACAUUCUUUGUUCCGAAAGUCUUGAAAAACCAUAUCAAACCUGUUUGUACCAUCGAUGAUUUUCUACACAUAUUUGUCCCACUAGAUUUUUUCUAUUCUAAUCGAUCCCACUAAUCACUAAUUUCCAUAUUAACAACUUGGGAAGUGCUACAGAGCAAUAAAAACUUCUCCUUACAACGUUUGGCUACAUCACGGGUGUCAGAAUUUCGGUACCGAAAAUCACUUUGCUUGAUUAUUUAAAUGCGGUACGUUCACAUCUUUGUUCGGAAUACCUAAACCGUGUGUGCUGGUUUGUAAUCUGAAUGCCUUUUCUUCAUGAGAUUCAUACUAAUUGAAAGUUAUAAGAACUGUCUUUUGUGUAGCCAAAAUGGUGAAAGCCUAACAACGUUCAAAUAUGGGCAUUCUGAAAAAACAAUUCACCUUUGUAAUUGUAAAUCAUCCGAUACUUAUUCAAUUAACUAAACUCUUAUCUCGACUAUCAUCACCUGCUUAUAAAGACAACACGAUUGGCGUGAUCAUUUUCGUGAAAAAUUAAACAGCCUUAUAUCCCCAAAACGAACUUUGUAUUGGGAAACAUCGAAUGCACGUGGUGGGACUGAUAUGCGUAGAAAUUACCUAUUGUAAAGCAAAUUUCUCGGCAUUAUUGUCCCAGUGGGUAUUUUUAUGGCAAAGAGUGUUAAACCGCAAAACAUUCAACUAGACUUAUUGAAAACAGUCUAUUGCAAGGUAAAAUUGCUUAGAAACCCAUGACUGCAUUUGUCACAUUGGCGCAAUGCGUAAAAGCAUUGUAAAACUUUAACAUCGUUUUUCUCGUUUGCAUGACUUGGAACAUGGGACAAAUAUGCAUAGAACGGCAGAAUACAUCUCUCAGGAAGUUCGGCUACAUAGAGAUGUGAAAUGAAACUCUAAAACCAAAAAAAGUGAAAAAUAUGUCCAAUUUCAAAUGCUAAUAAAUCGAUUAGUAUUCGAUGGAUUUUCUUCAACCUUGCAGCAAUAGAUUGGAAAAUCUUCUAAGAUUCUUCCCAGAAGAAGAUAAUUUUAAUCUUAUUAUUCACACUAUUGUACUAUUGAAAAUAAUCAAGCCUUUUUAAAAACAAAAAAUUCGACCUCUGAUUGGUCGUUAUAUGAUUGCUUCCCAAGCACGGUCGAUAGAAUCAUAUUCCUUGAAAUUAAAGUCAUGCUAGUUGGCCUAUAUAAAAGCUUGUUUCACCCGAAGCCGCUCAUAAUAGUUCUAGACAGCGACAACAGCAGUCGUUCUCCCAUAGCAGCAGCACUAGCAGUGCAGUGGAUACCAGCGAUGGCGGAAGGCGGCCACAGCUGUGGCGUAGCAAUGGAUAACGCACUAGUUGCAGCGGAUUCCUGCAACAAUAGCAGCUGGGCCAGCUGAUACAGGGACAGUGGAUACCAAUGGCAGCGUGUAGCGGCCACAACUGUGGCAUGGCUAUGAAUAGCGAACUAGUUGCAGUGGAUCUCAGCAUCGAUAGCGGCUGAUGCAGUAAGGCACUUUAGUGAAAUGCAAUCUCUGUGCGAUAGUGCGCACUAGUAAAUGCAUUCAAUGAAAAGUUGACUCAUUUUGACAACACGUGAGCCGUCUAGUUUUGAGUGUUAAAUCAGCAUAUCAUUGUUUACUUUAUCACAAGGAAUACUUUAUUCGCCCUGUCAGUGAUAACGCAAAGAUGUGAUCGGCAUCUUAUCCGAUACUAAAAUGAACAACAAAUUGUCCUUUUCAGGAUGAAAUAAAAACUUGAUUGAAGAGUUAUUGAUUUCUAGUGAGUUAAUUCACAUUUUUAAAUUUGUAAAAGUUAUAAAUUUUACUUCAUCUCCGUGUCUCAAAACGUACUGAAUUAUCUUUUCCUUCAGUCAUGAGCACGAUAUCCGAAAAUAAAUCAACUCAAAAUUUAAAAAUUGUCAAGCCCCAACCAUGACAAGCAACUUUCUAAAUUAUUGAAAAUGGUCAAUUAUUGUUGAAGCGCAAAAUUCAAUUGAUCUGAUUAGUCAACGUUUAUUUACUAGAAAAAAUGACUGACACGCCGGGUUAUCUUUCUUGUAAAAGUAUUCUACUUCAACCUUGCGGUCGUGGCUUUGCACACAACCCUCCUGUUAUUUUUUCUAGAACACAGGAAAAAUACAGGACCUUUACCAGCAUUAGACGACCCUGGAUUUUGAUCAUCUGAUCACUGCUAAUAAAGGGUUGAAACCAAUGAAUUUUGGAUUCAGUAGAGAUUGGUCGUUAUAUUUUCAAGGUUUUCCAUUACUCGCCGAUGGACUAUUGCUGCACCAGACGAAUAAAGAUGGCUUCGGCUUCUUGCAGUUCCUUUGAACGAAUGUGAUGAUGAUGCAGAAGGCUCAGAUUGUAAGUAAUAUUUUGUGAAGGAAACGAUACCAAUAUUUCAAAAUGCGUAGAAGUUUAUGAUAAUUCGAAAACCUGCGUACUAGCGAAUCGAUGAACGAAGGCGCGGUGACGGCUGCUAUCACGUUAACUAGUAUCUGGCGUGCUUUAAAAAGUGCAUUUUCGUUCGUUGUAGAUAUUUCUUAGUUUGGCAAGAAAGAAGGUUGAGAUGUAAACAGGGAUUUGCCAGUUGAAUUCUGUAAAUCUUCACUGGAUUCCUGGUCACUGCAGAAUAGAGUGCAAUGAAGUUGCAGAUGAACCUUCAUUGAUCCAGAACCGUUUUGUGGUAUCUCAGAACUAAACUGUUCUGAAGGCUGAACUAAAGAAAUGGAAACAACAAGAGAUUGCAGCCAAUUGGAAAGCAGUGAAAUCUUUUAACCAAUCAAAAAGAUUUAUAACACCAAACACAAAAAUUUCUCAAAAGUUGCUGAGUCUCAAUAAGAACGAUCUCAGUAUAUUUACUGGCCUAAUAACUGGUCACUGUCCGAGCAAACAUCAUCUUCUGAAAAUUGGUUUCACCCAAGAUGAUAUUUGUCGCUUCUGCAACUAAAAAAGUGAAACUUCGGAACAUUUACUCUGCAAUUGCGGAGCACUAAUUAGACGUAAACCUCGUAUCCAAGCUGUGAAAGCUUAUUUAGAAGUGCGUCUACAACUAGUGACCAUAACAAGGACGAGGAAACUCCUCCUUGCGGGCAUUCCUUGAUCACUGACAUUGUUACAGACGAAUCUCCCAAGGUUGCUGUGAUCACUCUGCUAGAGAGCAUUGCAUGUAUCCAGUUCCUUGAAGUGUGGUCGAUUCCCUUAUUGGAGAGAACCGUAUUAAUUGAUGCACAGAACGUGUUAUCGAAGGCUCCUUCAAUAUCAAGAGAGGCACAUAGCGCCGUCUCCCGAUGACUCAGGGACUUUUCAAUCAACGUCACUAAGCUGUAAAGAGCAGUUUCUGUUGACUUGCCACUUUGAUAGGCAUGUUGGUUCCUAUUCAGCGGGGAGUCUCUAAGGAACUCAUCACGGAUAUAUUUAUCCAUUAUUUUCUCCAUCAACUCGAGAAGUGAUGAAGUCAGACUUAUGGGUCUGAAAGUUUUAGGUAGGGUUUUGUCCUUUCUUCCAACUUGGUGGAUAACCACUACCUUCACCUUCAGCCAGUUAUCCGGAAUAUGGGCAGGAUAAAGCUGGCUCUGAAGAGGUUUAUGAGUUCGGACAUGACAGCUGCGGCCAAUUUUGUAGAAAGAUGGGUAGUAUGCCGUCUGGACCUGGAGACUUAAUAGGGUCGAGUGAGCUUAGAGCCCAACCUAUUAAAGCUUCCGUGAACAGUCGACGGGCCAGUAGGAUGGACUCCCGAGACGCCAUAUGUCUCGAAUUGUCCCGCCGCGACCCAUCACUAUUCAGUUCUUCAGUCUCUGUCGAUCCGGGAAGGUGGAAGUUCAUGAGAACUCGGCGUUGUACUUAGUGAGGGACGCUCUGUAGUCGUCCCAGUUAGAUGUGACUUUUGCCCUGUUGAACAACCGCCUAGUUUUCCGAAGAAGGUCACUGAGUUGAUCAUUCCCCCAGGUUACGUCACGGCAUACUGACCGCUGUGUUAGUGGACAGUUUUCAUUUAAAGCAUCCAUGAUUCUGUUUUGUAGAUCAUUUGCUGUCGAAUUCAGGUAAACUGAAUUUCGAAUGUUGCUUUAACUGAAAGUUCGUGAAUCGAUCAGGUGUUCCUUAAAGGAGCUCUCUUUUCAGAGGGUUUGCCCUUUAUAUUAAAAAGAAUGUGCCUGUGGUCCGACAAACUAGGUUCAUCGAAGACAUGUCAAAUUUUAAUUCUUUCAGAAAUAGAGGCGCUACACAGAGUGAGAUCAAGGACCUCCUGUCUGUCAGCGUGGGGUUAUUCCCUACAUUACAUACAUUGACAAGUAAGGUAUUCAAGUAGGUACUCACCCCUUGUGUUGGUAUCCGAGCUGCCCCAGAUCGUGUGGUGGGCAUUGGAAUCGCAGCCGAUCAGAAACGGCUUGUUGAUGGCCUUGCAGCGUAGCAACUUCGGGUGGCGGUAUAUCACUUUGGUCGCCCGGGAAAUAGGCCGACGCGACAACCAUCUCCUGCUUUCCUCUGGUUGUCGGUGCUAUAACCGUGACGGCAACGACAUCGCGUUGGAUAACUCCUGUUUUAGGUAAAAAAUUUAGUUCUCUAUUUAGCAGAAUUGUAGUCCUUGGUUUGGAUUGCGUGUCGAAGUAGACUAACCUACUGUUAGGAGCGUUAAGUCCGAGAACAUUGGAUUCGUUGAUCCACGGCUCUUAGAUGAAUGCAGCCGCUUGCUGCUCUCUGGCGAAUCUCCUGCAAAGAACACCCGAGGCGCCUUUUGCAUAAUGGAGAUUCGUUUGCACGCAACGAAGGCUGCUCACUUUGCAGUGAAGUUGCCGUCUUUGUCCGGAUCGGAAGAUGAUCCGGGUAUUGGCUGACGGCUGUCAACAGCGGUUUGGUUGGUUGAUGGAAGUUGCUCUUCCUCAAUGUUCGGCUUCGGUUGCAGCAGUCGACUGGCAACAGAAGGUCGUCCCGCACUCUGUGGCGGUUUUUGACUCCGGGGGGGUGCGACUGUUCGGUGGUUGUUGGUUCACACUCUUGCGAGUCUUCAGCGGAACCGUCCGAGCAGCCGCGGGGUUGCGUUGUUUGGGUGGUGACAGGACACUCCCGAGGAAGCAUCCUGUGCGUACCUUCCCAGCCGCAGGGUUGCGUUUGGGUGGUUGUGGGGCACUCCCAGAGGAGCUUCCCACGCGGACCUUUAGCCCAUUCGCAGAAUCGCUUUGCCUGGGUGGUGGCAGGGUACUUCCGGAGGAGUUACCCGCACGUACCUUCCCUGACAUUGCGACGGAGUCUUUCCUACCUGUGACGUUCGGCCUUCCACUUACAUUUCGGAUGCGUGCUUUGCCGAAACCGUAGUGCAGUUCAUGGUUUCCACUUUCGAUGAGUUUGGCCGAUUCUACGUCAAUAUCCAGAACUAGCUAGACCAAGGUCUUUACCAAUUUGUGGUUACAGACUCGCCACAUUUUGGUAGAGAGAUGGUCAUUCUGAUUCUGGAGUGAACGAAGGAUUUUCUCGUCCGGAGAGUUCGCACCUUCCGCGAAGUAACCGACAUAGCGUCUGGCCUUCGGUACGAGGGAAGGUACCUCCCUUUCCAACCACUGCACUGUGUCGGUGUCGACACAGGCAAGUUGAAGGAAGCCAUUUUUCAGAUGGCAACCGUUAAACUCGGGCUUGGUGGUUGGAUUUUCCUAGUCAGCAAUGUGAUCGAGGAUGGAGGUCCGGACAGUCUGAAGCUGGUCCGUUGAGAGUAGGGAGCAGGGGUGGGUAUCAAAAGUAACCGCAAGGCUUAUAGCUCCCGCCAUGUCUCUAAAUGUGGCCGUCGGAAGCGGCUUCGGACCCAAUGACCCCAAACCAGUGCCGUUCCGCAGUUUUUUAGGCUGUGGACACUUAGUACUGGUAUUUGGGGACACCAAGUCGUCCGACCGCUGACGCUUGACGGCGACUUGGUUUGUUUGAGCAAGCUGCUCUGUCGGAAGGAGAGCCUCGGGUUUCCCUUCGUCAUCGGGCCUUGUCUCUGGACCGGGAAAUAAAUCUAUUUGACUUUCGUCAUUCCCUUGUGGAAAAAGUAGGAUUAAGGAUGAAGCAGAGGGUCCUCCUUCCAGCGAUUUGCUCUCGAGGUUGAAGUCGUUCUCAUGCUCCAUAUCCUCCGUUCUGCCCGGUGCGUUUGUUUUUAUGGGACUGCGCUCUGAUAAGUCCAUGGGUACUGGCAAAGAAAGGCUGCCGGUGGCCGAAUUUUGUGAAUUGAUGUUAUCUAAAAAAUUCCAACGAGUCACUGGAUAAAGAAGAGUCCGCUGCAUCAGUGACCCGCGUGAUGCAGUAAGGGCGCAUUACUGUGAAGGGUGCCCUGGUGCUCCACAGGCUCCGUUAGAGGCUGGGUAUUUGUUAACCCCCCCCCCCCCCCCCACGUCAUCCUUCGGCACGGGUCGCAUAACACCUUAGCUAAGGGCUUUUUACCAUUGGAUUUUACGCAAAAGCCAUAGUUAAGAGCUGUUGUAACCAUCCUCGUUUACAGGGGCUUUGGACCCUCUGCUCCAGUUCUCAAUAAUUCAAGCCUAUUCGUAAAGGCUAGACUGAACCAAGGAGAACCGUAACAGGCGUAGCUCUACUGCAUUGAUACAACCUAGCUUUCACCGUACUCAUUUCCGAUUUAACGACCCGUUAGCUUGCUGCAUUCGAUCGUUUUUUAAAUUGGAAGAUCUUUUUGAUUUCGGCACAUCAUCACACGCAAAGAGAGUUCGUCGUAGUUUUUAGUUACAUUAACAAGUGCGUCUUAACGAUUACGACUAUUUUCCUCAGAUGAAUUUUUAACAAAUAAAGAAUAUUCCAGCUACUUGUAAGGAUAUCGAAGUAAGGUUUUCGAAUCGGUUCUUUGUUUGCUAGAGGCCGUCACGUUUUACAGUGGGUCGGUGGCCGCUUUUCCAAUUAUGCCUCUGUAAUGCGGCUUUAUAUACUUCCGCCUUAUGGAAUAUUAUGCCCGCUGUGCUCAGUCAUUAAAUAUAUCUCUAAGGACUCCUAGCAGCACCAUGUUUUAACGAGUUGCUUGUGUUUUUGUCUACUACAUAGGCCAAAAAGUCUUUCACUUACUAAUAAAAAACGACAAUUUUUAUGAAAAAAUGGUAGGAGGUAUCUAAUACACGAUUGCAUAACUGACAAAGAACUAAGCACGAGAAGAGAGUGUUCCAUAAAUGAGUCAUAAAGCCUACUAUUGCUUGCUCAACUCAAGAAACUCUUCGUUAUUUGUUUAGUUACUCUGAGGAGGGCAGUUUGCUGUUCAAAACUGAAUAGUGCUACCCCGACAGUGGAGGAAUCAGGCACUUUGACAAAACGAAUAGAAAAGUACCGCGCUGCUACCGAGAUAUGUCAAGUAAUUUGUUUGAGCCGAACACAAAUUCGGAAAGCCAACCGACACUGGCGCAACGCGCUGCUGAUACUGCCGCAAUCCGCUACUGCUACGGUCACAAUCCGCUAUGCUACGGUUAGCUAGGUUUAGUAUUUUCUCGACCUGUUUAGGGAAAGCCAGCAAGCGAGCAAUCAAAGGACGUGAUUUUCGUUCCAACCAAGCAUGACAAUUUUCAAUAGUGCAAUAGUUCGUAUAAUCAAACAAUAUUUUUCUGAAUUUAAGAAGAUGCGGGUAUGAUUUUAUAAUUUAUUGCUGCAAGAAUGAAGAAAAUCGGUUGAAAGCAAACCGACUUAUAAACUUUUAAUGUAGUAGGCUUAUUAAAAACGUAGCUCUACGUCAAAAACUAAUUUAAUCUUCGAUAUACUCUCCAUUUAGAGUGAUGCUUUUAUGGUAGCGGUUUUCUAACGUUUCAAUACCAGUUUUCUAAUGCUCAACGUCCAGUUUAUCAAAAUAGCUGUUUGUUUUUAGCUCUACCUCUACUUUCAAGUGAAAUCACCAGCCAAAGAGUCACAUUUUCAACGGCGUAAACAAGAUAAAGUCACUCGGGGCUAAACCUGGCGAAUAAGGAGGGUGAGAAACCAGGUCGUAGCGCAAUUCUUUCAAUUUAUCGGUCGUAUCGCAAGCAGUAUGGGCGGAAGCAUUGUCAUGGGUAAAAAGCACUUUUGUCACAUAAUGUACGAUUAUUUUUAAUUGAAUAUUUUACCAAGUUCAAGAUUGUCGAUUGAUGUUAUGCCUUGCGAAUUCCAAAAUAAACAGGUCAACAUCUUACCGGCUGAGCGCUUCGAGCAACAAAAACUAUGCAAAAACCAACUUCGCCAACUACCGAAUGGGCUCAUGAGUGUAGCGGUGUAUCCAUCCAUGUUUUAUGCAUUGCAACUGAACCUUGAGAAAUUUGUUGCCCAAAUAACAUUAUAUAAUAACAUAAUUGAGUUUUCCAACUAAAUCGUUUUCUCUCAUAGAAUUGAAAAAUGCUAUUCAAUGGCUUUUUUGACCAAUUACACAAUUCCUGAAAUACCUGUCAAAUUAUCUAGCAGUGACAAAAACUACUCAAAAAGCAACAAACUGCUAAAAAUGGGAGCUGAAACGAGGCGAGAUGAGACGUUAAAAUAUUAAUAUAAAAAAAAAACAUUUCUUCUUUCAUCCUUCUCGAAAAAAAAGAAAGCAAUCCACGAACAUGUUCUACCAAUUUAAAGCGUCAGUAAAAAAAACUGAGAACAAGCGACAUAAUCAAGGCCGGCAGCCUACUUUGGAUGUUUCGAGCGUUUGCCUUUUAGUUUAUUUUAUUUUUCCUCCCUAGUGAAACACUCUUACUUUUUUUCUUCGCCCUCACAUCCAGACAUAUACACAAAAAAGGAAACCGUUCAAAUCCUGGGCUACUCGCGCUAUUUCAGCUGCAUGUUUACUUUUAUUCGACUACAACAAAUAUUAAUUCCACAGAUGAAAUAACCUUACACAGCCCGCCCCGGUCUGCAUCUGCUGGCCAUUUCCCCACCGCCUUCUCGUUGAUGUUGAAAUUAUGAAAAGCACAUAAAAAAAAUAAGCUUUACGUGUGCUGCCAGACCACCCCCCCACCCGUGAUUUUUCGUUCCGUCAGACCGGUGAUGUUGGAAAAUAAUUUAAUUUAGGAGAAAUCGUGACGCACCCGGCUUGUAGCUUUUAGCAGCCGUUUUUGUUCUGUUAUUGUUGUUAAAGCAUAUGCCAAAGUUGAAUGCAUGCUCUGAGAAAUAAAAAGGAAAGGGUUUUUUUUCUCAAUCUCUCGAGCGAAUGAACGUGAAGCCCCCGCAAAGAUCGGAUUAAUUUCCAUCCAACCGUUUCGCAAAAACAGAAAAUUUAAUAGAGAUAAAUCAAACGAGCAAACCAACCGAAACAUUCCUUCUAAUCUGGUCAAUUACUGUUUGAUAGUAAGGUGCAAAUGUAAGUUAUUUUCUACGCCCCCAAUCAACAUUAAUGGAUAACGGAAUUUCGCACCAAUAAUUGGAGCGGUGAUUUAUUUAAGUGUUCGGACGAAAUUGGACGAGAGUUAAAGUUGAACUAGGUUGCGUGGAACUCUAAAGCAACCAAGCCAAUACUGCAGAAAUAGAACGGAUUAAAUAGGAAAUUUGAUAUGAUAAAAAAGUAAAAACAAAACUAUACAGCUUUAAAUGUCGUUUGAAACACACUAACACAAGUAUCGUUUUUCCGAGUUGUGUCCUAAAAACCAUACAGCAAGUUUGAACUGAAAAUACUAAACGUAAACAUAAGCCCAUCAUAGUAAGCGAUCCCCGCAGUAAACACGGUAAGAAAUGGUAUGUUUUAUGUUCGCUGUCCACUUCAGACAACAAAAAUAAAAAGAAGAAAAAACGCCACCGACAACAUGUUGGCGGUAAAAUCUACUGUAAAUAGAAAGCUGUUAUCUCUCAAUGAUAAAAUAGGAAUACUAAACGAUACAAAUGCAACAGCAGAAAACAAACAAAAAAACUGUCAAACGGAACGAGGACUUAACUCCUAAACGAAAAUAGACAACAGAAGACAAAUCUGACAAGAAUCUCAAUGUUUCAUAUCUAUACGUGAAUGAUAUAUUUAAACUGCAGAGAAAAAGAAAAAAUAAAAAAUCUCCAAAAAAAAAGAACAAAACUUCUAGGCUACAAGUAAUAUAUUAAACGAAACUAGGUAAACAAACAAACUACCGCUCCGCGGAUCGACACGACAGCUCUCGGUAAGUUUCGUUUGGCGUCUUCUCCGUUUUAUUGUUUCAAUUUGUGACAUGCAGGUGUGAGUGUGUUAACCGUUAUACGCAGCUUUUUUCCAGCUACCCAAAAAUGAAUCUUCCAAACGACAUGUAAAGGCACAAAACGAAAAAAAAGAAACCUAAAAACCUUAGCAAAACGCAAUGCGCUUGACGGAGGAACUAAAACAAAACAAAACAAACAAAGCAAAGCACGCUAUGACACAUAUCAUUUACUAAGCAAUACGUGGCUACAUGUUAAGUGAUUGUGAAUCAAACAAAAAAAAAACAGAGAUUGUAAUGAUAAAAUUAGGUAAUACACAAGGUGAAUACGUAUUAUAGCUGUUGAAGUUGGUACCGGAUUGCUCUGCUGUGGGUGUGUGUGUGUACGUGUGUGAAUGUUAAACUGUGCUGUAGCAGGCUGUGAUGAGAGAUAUAAUCUAAACUUGUUUACGUCAAUUUUUUUGGUUAGCCUAACGAUGUUUCGCUUAUUACAAUAACUUAUUAGAAUAUUCAUAAUUAAACGGUGUUAGAAAAGUGUUUAGUAAAAAGUUGGUGUUCAGCAGUGGUUUGUUGUUUAUAGGAGACUAUCUGACUGUAGAAAAACCGGAGAAAGUGUUGCCAAUUCAACUUUUUGCGUUGCUCUAUAUCUGAUUCCAUUUCUCAGUGCUUUGCACCGAAUAAAAUAUUAGGGUCCCGCAGCGGGACCGAUCCAGUUUAAUAUAAACUUUUAAACGGUUCCUGAUAGCAUCGUAAACACUGCCAAAUGAGGCACUCAAACUUUAUUGGUUGAACUUAUGAAACCAAUUUUCUCGCUAAUGGGCUUCAAUUUUACAGCCAUUCAAAUCAGCCAGCCUCCGAUGAUUGCUGCCAGCGUAAUCCAAAUUAUUCCCACUCGGGGAUGACGCGAGUCCCUACAGAGCGGAAUGAAUACAACGUAUACGCCUCUAUCAAGCCAGAAUCUCUAAUUAAAAUCCAUUACUCUAAACACAUGUUCUAGCAAAGCGACGACCAUUCCUCGCUGCGAAGUGCACAUAGAUGAAAGCCGGAACGUCUGCACCGUUAUUGUCCGGCGAAAGAAGAGAUGAAGCUGAGCCGCGCGUGAACAAACUUCAUCGAGCGCGUUGGAAAGCUCUCCAUUAAUUAUUCAACCGCCGUCUGUCCCCUCCUGACAUGAAAAAAACCCACGCAGUACCGGUGUUAAACAUUUUCCGAAAGCGAAAUAGUUUUGAUACACCUUCCCCCCACUGCCCCGGGGGCAGCCGAAACUAGAAUGUAAUGAAUGUUUACCGCAAACAGUUUCGUGCGUCACGUGCAUUCACAAUGGUUCUGAUCACUAUCUUCCAGUGUCGUUCUGUCACAUGGUUUGGUGUUAAUGAUUCAUGGCCUGGCAGUAACCGGUGGAGAAAUGGUUCUUUCUCUCUCUUUUUCUCUUCUGUUGCGGUGUGAAACCUGUUGUAACGUGGGGGACCGUGACCGACCAACCCGGAACAGAAAUAGAAAUAAAGUACGGUCGAUUAUGAUAUAAUGUUUUGACAAAAACAUUCACACUUGCUGAAGAUUAUCUAGAAGCAUCGUUAUUUGCAUGUAUAAUUCCGUUAUUGAGGCCUACUCAGUGUCAGUAUAGUUGAAUAUUGCUAAAGUUGAUUCCGAGGAUUUAUACUCGAGAAAUAUUAUGCUAUUCAUUAAUCAUGUUUAUUCGUUCCGACACGAAUCAGUUUGAUUACUUGGUUGACAGGCCGUGUUCAAGCUUUAUUUAUCACAAUUCGUUUCUCUUCACUGAAUCGUACGCUGCUUAAAAAUCUACGAACAGAUUAGGUGCUCGUUAGUUGUAUUCCUCGAAUUUUUCAAUUUGUUCCACUGUCCUGAGGAAGAACCUAACGCAAUUGAUGACCGAUAAACAUCUAUCUUCAAUCAAGACAUUUGGGCCAAGGCCAAUUUGAUGAGGUUUCGUCCCUGGCUGCACCGAAACUCAUCAACCUUAGGCAACACAAACAUUGCAAGAAAACCAACUCUUCCAGGUUUUAACAAGGUACUCGUCCCUGGCUGCACCGAAACUCAUCAACCUUAGGCAACACUAACAUUGCAAGAAAACCAACUCGUCCAGGUUUUAACAAGGUACUCCAAGUACCAAGUUUCUGAUGUUCUGAUGGUUGCAAGGCGCUUAUUACUGGUUACCAUGUAAAUUGUUUAGAUAUCAAUUUCGCCGAUACUUUCUUUAUUUUCAUCGGAAACCCGUGGCUUAUAAUGUGUCUAUUAUAUAUUUAUAUAGAUGUAAAACUCUUCAAUCUCACUUUGAUCUUCUUGUGAUUUCCAAUUUAGGUUUUGGAAGAUCCUCGAAAGAAUUCCUCUCCCAAUACUUGCGAACUGCAGUACGCUUUGGCAAUAAAUGCUUCUGGUAUAGUUUAUGUAGGGUAAUCGCUCCAUUAUUCACCUCAACAGCUAGCUGUACCUAUAUUCAUCUUAUUUCUCUCAUUUGUCGUCAAAUUUCUACAAAUGUUUGAAAGUAAAUUUAAUUGCUUCUCGAUUUUGUCAAGUGGUUGAAAGUUAUACGUUGAAAACAACGUAAAAUUUGACGAUAAAUCGAUCCAAAAGGCGUGAUGAGAUGAAUAUAGGUAUUGAGAUGAAUAUAGGAGCGGUUACCCUAUGACACCGAAUCGAAUAAAAUUAUUUGAGGUUUUUGUCACCGUCUAACUUUAUUCUCAUUGGAUGGUUGAUCUUUCUCGGUGAAAUAUACACACUAUAUUUGUUUUACAUGACGUUUCGGCGUACUGUUAUUCAGCCAUCGUCAGAUAUGACAAAACAACAUUUUUCUCCCACCAGUGUGUAAGCAAACCACACUGUAUAUUUGAACGAGAAAGAUCAACCAUCCAAAGAGAAUAGAAUCGAAUAAAAGUAGAAUUAAAAGCUGCAUAUCUACUAAUUACUGUGAAUUUCACUGUGUUUAAAUCAAAAGGUAAACGCGUUAUCUCUUGUACCAAAACCCGGAACAGCGCGUACCAGAAAACGAACCAAGUCUGUUGCAAUUUGACAAACUUUUAUUUCGUAAAAGUAAAGCUACUUACUUUACCUAGGGCUUGUGAAGUUCUUUAACCUUGAUUCCAGACGUCUCAUCUCUUACAGGUCGCUCUCGAUUCGAUUUAGCCUUUCUUCUCGCAAUACUUUAGUGGUGUCUGAUGCCAGGAUAGUUAUUUCUGGAAAGCCUUUUAACCGGAUUAUCGCCUUUCUUCUGUACUCCGAUGCGUGGCGCCUCGAUUUCGUGACACUUUUGGAAGAUUUGCCGCAGCUUGGAGAAUUGAUCCGUUUUCAAUCCCCUAUCCACAAAACCGACCUGAUAACUUCCCACAAACUUCCUUGCUAACCAUUGUUUUAUCAACAUUGCGCUACAGGGUGUAAUGAAUCGAUCGGACAUCAACACGCGGAGUACGAUUUUCAACAAAUACAGUCAACAACACAACUGCGGCGGUGGCAGAACAGUACACCAGACUAAAACGCGAAGCAGCGAGGAUUGGGUUGCAGAUAAAUACGUCUAAAACGAAGUAUAUGCUAGCCGGCGGAACCGAAGCCGACCGAAAACGCCUAGGCAGUAGCAUUACGGUCGACGGCGAUGAGUUCAACGUAGUCGAUGAGUUUGUCUAUAUUGGCUCACUGGUUACUGAGGACAAUGAUACCAGCCGAGAGAUCCGGAGGCGUAUUAUCAGCGGAAGUCGUGCCUACUAUGGGCUCCACAAGCAAUUGGGGUCGAACAGACUGAGCCCCCGUAACCUGUACAAAACGCUCAUACAAAAGGUUUUUUUCUACGGGCAUGAAACGUGUGCAAUGCUCGAGGAGGACCUGCGAGUGCUCGGAGUUUGCGAACGACGAGUACUAAGGACGAUCUUUGACGGCCUGCAGGAGAACGGAAUAUGGAGGCGAAGAAUGAACCAUGAGCUCGCGCAACUCUACGGUAAACGCAGUAUUCAAAAGGUGGCUAAAGCUGGACGGAUACGCUGGGCAGGGCAUGUUGCAAGAAUGCCGGACAACUACUCUGCAAAAAUGGCAUUUGCCUCGAAUCCGGUAGGAAGAAGACGACCAGGGGCGCAGCGGGCAAGAUGGGUAGACAAGGUGGAGCUAGAUCUGGCAGAGAGUAUACGGUGUCCCAGGGAUUGGAAAGCGGCAGCUAAAAACCGAGUGAAUUGGAGAAUCUUUGUAAAUCAGGCCAUGUCAUUAUGACGGAAUGCCAAAUAAAUAAAAUAAUUCGCAGAAGCAUUGUAGGCUACGUUGAGAAUCGUGAGUUCCUACAUCUCUGCUCGUCGCCCUUUUCGUUAAAUUAGGCAUAUUACCACAGACGAACAGACGUACCACUUCGUACAAAAUUCUAAAAAAACACGGUUCCUACUAACUUGUGCGACACCUACUGGACCACAAAAGAUAAAUUUUCAACCUUUCUGCUGUUUUGGCAGCACGGCUCGCGAUAGCUGUCAACUGAGUACCACCGCUGCGACGGUAUUAUUCCGCACAACUGAAAAACGUUUGAAUUGACCGUUAUUUUGAUCCACGAAAAUAAUUUCGUCUGUUUGUCUGUGAUAUGAUUACCUUCUUCCACUAUUUUGGUAGAUGUUCUAUAUCCCAGAUUCCGAAAAAGACAGGCUCUCGAGAGAAACAGGUCUGCUGUCUUUGUAUCUGUUUGUAUCGCUCCAUAUUUUGAGGAGCCCUUUGCUGCAGCAUUAAUGCCCACAUUACAUUCUUCUUGUCUAAAAUUGACUGACUCUCCUCGUCGAAACAGUCGUAGCGUCAAAAUUUCUCAACGAACCCAAUAACACGUUUCGCCGCUCUGUUAGUGGCUGCUUUGACAUUAUUCCAGUAGUCCUCUAGAGCAGGGAUUCUUCAAUCGUGUUGCGCGGAGCACCUGGAGCUCCGCGAAGUAUUUGCAAGUGCUGCGCUGUGUUUUUGAUCAAAAUUAAAACCAAUUGCAGAAGAAGUUUUUUUUCUGUCAGACAGCUCUUUCCUCGUCGCCGUUAAACCUGCAAAUGUUGUUUUCAUCGCAUGACUGCCAGUGCCUCACUGGUUAUCAGAUUCCCUUCCGUGUCGUUGCAUUUGGCAGGGAUUGGUGUAGUGCAGUUCCGAGUAUCGUUGACUACUUUGUAAAACCCUCUAGUGUCGUGCCUAGAACCGUACGUCAGCUUCCACAAGAGAUCGUUCUUGUGUUGGUGAAGACGCUUUUUAGCUGCUCUAGACUCUCAAUACGUAUUCCUCAUUUGGCGUGUCACACAUUUUGCUGACACCACCGUGCAAACACUAACCGCAAGAACUAAUCCUAUCCACAUGUGCGUUUGUGUCUCAGGUGACGAUAUUUCUAUCAUGUUUUGGAAACUCUCUGCAUGUUUUUUCGAAAAGAACCUUUGAACCUUGUUUUAAAUCAGCGGAUUUGUCUCUUGUCGGUGCGUACUGUUCAGGUUGUAAUUGAAGAGUCUACCCUUGAUUCUAAACACGCAUAAGUGGUCACUGAUGGGGCUUCAACCUCCAACUAAUUACACGCUUGAUUGGUUUUCCUUACAUGACGAAAUUGACGCCUCGUUUAUCUCUGUUGUUGCCAUUGUAGUAGAUGAAGUAUUUGAAAGUUAUCUCCGCGGUAGGAUCUACUGCUCGGAACUAACGAUCUCCCGUGUUCGGCGAUCGCACAUCCUGGAUGACUGUGUCUUCCACCUCCACAUUUCGUUGUUCUCUGUUCAAUAUGUCCACACGUGUUGGUUCGAGUAUCUUACUGAUAUUCCAAGUAACGAUUUUACAGUCAUUGUCUCUUUUUGUUUUUCUGGGUCAUACCAACAGUUUCGAUUCGUAUUUACGACUGAGUUGUUCGUAGUAGGAUAUUAGUUCAGCCGUCCGCUCCGAAUCAGACGCUGUUUAACACUGACCAAAUAGGCGAUUACAGACAUUCUUCUAAGUUAGCAUACGACCGAGAUUCCCGCCGAGGUUGGGACCUGAUCUGCACUAAGGUUCUCGUAUCCCAGAACCCCGAGGAGGUUAAGAUAGGAACGUCCUCGCUAGAGGCGACAGGUCACAGCAGUGCCUUGAUUUACACUGUAGUCAAAGUGUUUGCUAACCAACCUGCAUUUCAGAAUCAAUUUAUUCAUUGAAUUACCAAUGCAGGUGCUCCGCCAAAUAUUUUGGCUUGAAAAAGAUUUCGAAACCCUUGCUCUAAGUGGUCAUCGUGCAUACUUAGUGCCGACUUCAGGAAGCUUAACCCAUUCCCCGCGGGUGAUGCUAUAUGACAUCAACUAACAUAUAAGAGUUUGAAUGUCAUUUCGAUAUAAAACUGAUUUCUCUCCGCGGGGAUAGGGUUAAGUUGCUCCAGAUUAUACCGUGGUGAGCGACAGUAGUAAAUGUUGUUGACAGCAAAAAUCGCAUUUAAAUCAUCAGUAGAUAAUGGUCAGAAUCCACGUUUGCCCCACGUGAGGGUUUUGACGGCGAUAAUAUCCAAAAAAAUGAUAUGAGAUGCAAGAAAAAAAUGAGGUGAGCAUCAGUAUUAACCUGCCAUUUGAAUGAAUUUUCCAAACAAAGUUUUGAAUUAAUCCAUGCAUUCCGUGCAAUCAACGUAGUAGCCCUAUGUAGGAACUCUUCCCUCCAAUAUUAUUUUUUGAAAUGCGAUAAAUUGUUCAUUGAAACAGGCCCGGAUUUGAGGGGGGGCAAAUGCCCCAGGCCUCCCGAUUGAAGGGGCCCCCCAGUCCUAGGGCGACCUUUUUUUUUGCUCGUCACCUUCCAGAACGAUACCUCUAAAUCUUUUAAGAAAAGAGGGCCUCACAAACAAAUUUGCCCCGGGCCCCACAGCGUCUAAAUCCGGCCCUGCAUUGAAACAAUGCUUAGCUCAUUCUCUGUCUUUAAGGUAAAUUGCCAUGAAUAAAAUGAAGCUUAACACUAUAUCGUAUAGUUUUUUUGAAUCCACAUAAUUGCCAAUCUUAACCCGAAUGAAGCCAUUGUGUAUGCAGAUUUCGCUGAAAAUUAUAGUGUGACGAUUCAAAAUGAGAUUCAAUCUCACUAUUAUACAUAGCAAAUUAUUAUUCUUUAUCCAAUCAACUACUGUGACAAAGGAGUUUCACAUCACAAAACCCUGAUUCUCCUUUUUAGACCAUAAUUCUGUAUAUACCUAUUGUUGCUUCACCAUAUUGUUCUAUUUUUAAAAAUAAAUCUUUUCCUACAUUUUAAAAGUGUACGUUCACACUAAUAUAACUUCACCCAUAUCCCGUUAAAGAAAAACAAUUUUCACAUGUAUGUAGAGUGGAAUUUCCAUGCCGUAAUCAAUACUUAACAAUAUUCAAUUUGCUUCGAGAGUAAAAAUAACUCACAAAAAAGAACAGAAAUAAAUAUUAAAAUAAAAAAAAUAAUAUCUAACAUCGAGCAUGAUGCAUAUAUUAUUAUAACUAAUAACAAUGAAAAUAGUGCGUACUAGUUGCAUAUUCAACUGAUUACAAUAUAUAUUGAUAUGGCAUGUUAUACGCAUCCACUUGGUCUCAGGCUACUACGGAAUGCAUAGGAUAUUUUGAAACUGCGUUCGAAAAAUUCGUUCAAUUGGUAGGUUAACACUGAUUCUCACCUAAUUUUUUUCUUGCAUCUUAUAGCAUUUUUUCUCAGCUUUCCAAUGCUGGUCUCACAUUGAAAAUCGGUAGUUGCAAACACGCCCAAAAUUGCAUUUUUCAUCAGAAAUCCAAUAUGGCGGCCAAAUUCAACAUAGUGGCCAACAUUCUGAUCAUUCCAAAUGAAAGCCCUAUCAUUCCUCUUUACAGAAAAGUGUUACUUGUUGCAGGUUCCAUUACAAAUUUCAGAGAUAUAGCUCAGAUAAAUCAUCAAGAAUUGCUGAAAAUUCCACUUUUCUAGAAACUAUUUCACCCCUUGGUGACCGAGGGGUCAACAAAUUCGAUCAAAGAAAAAUGGCAUUAUCAUUUUUUUCUCUAUUUCUAAUACCUAUGUACAUUUAUAUGAAAUUUGAAAGACCUUGUGCAUCUGCUGGCCUGGUUUCAUCGAGAAUUGCUCUGUACAAUUAACAACUUUAGGCUCUAAUUAUUAACCAUUAGAAAGUGCUCUGAUCCGACGUAAUUGAUGAAGAAGCACCGCCUGUUGAUAAGAACAUGGUCACUUCGAUUGGUCAUGUUGAUGUGUUUACGGGAAAUGAAGGUACUUCGGAUUACCAGUUCUCGGUAAGCUACAAAAUUGAUGCAUUACUGGAUUUUGUUGUAUUACAGAUCUUCCUCCCAAAACUAAGCUUUUGUUUUUUAAUGACGAUUUUGAUAUCGCACCAAGGACAGUUGCCUUAGACAUCAGUUGGUCAGACGAUAUUGUACGUUGCCUCUGAUAUGACGUGGCAUCACUAAUCUUUCAGCGGGUUCUAAACUGUUCGAGAUUCUAGUUAUAGAUAUUAUACUUUAUUGUACCUCCUGAGAAUUGCAUUUCCACCACGCAGCAUGGAUUUAAGCCGAGCUGCUAAGCUUAUAUAAACCUACUGGAAUUCACAUCAAGGUAUACCUCAAACAUGGGACAAGGAGCGCCCUAGAAAGCAUCCCGUCCGUUCCUCAAAUUGCUGAGGUCGUCCUUAUGUGAUAGGAUUUUACGUGUGAAUCUUGGUUUUUGUGCUUCGGUGAAAUUCACUAAUCUAUCGGGAGUUCACUAAUGUAUGUUCCGCAAGGUAGCAGCAUGGGGCUUUUACUUUUCGCGAUUUUAGUCAAUGAUGCUAUGCCACUAUUAUAGGUUGAUUGCCAGUUUUGCAAGAUUUAAAGUUUUAUUUAGUAGUCCGUACAACUAAUGACUGUUUCCGUUUACAAGCAAAUGUUAUCAUCGAAACUGGCAUUCCACCAUAAUUUAAGCCCGAUCAUCUUCGAAUGCCGCAUUGAUGGACUUGAGCCGAAGAGUUGACUGUAUGUACGACCUUGAUACCACUUUACUUGAUACCAUUUUUACUUCUCAUUUGCAUUAUUCCAACUAUAAAAUCGGAAGCGAAUCAACAAUUGGAAAUUAUUACGAAAAUCGGCCGUGACUACAAAAAUCCUAACUGUCUGAAAGGGCUUUGUUCAUUACGACCACGACCAUUAUUAGAAACUGCAGCAUGAUUUGGAUUCCCUAUCAGCCAUCUUGGUGUCCAUGGAUAGGUAGUGUCAUUAUAAAAUUUGUUCGAUUUGCAUUUCGCAAUCUACCCUAGUUUGAUCCGGAAUACCUCCCUCCGCAUUCUGAUCUCUAUCGAUUACGUAGCCUUGACACACUUGAACGUCGUCGGACAAUUCGCAACCAUUGUUGGUAGCACACUUUUUAAUACCAGGUCGUUAGUUAACUAGAAUUUAGUGCCCACGUGCUUAUAUCUUCGCUGUGGCCGGAUGUCACUCUUUUGUUUCCGGAUGAUACUUUGGUUGCUCUAAUGUUUAUCAGCUUCUCGAUUCAGAGAAGUUCUUGGCAUACUUCAAUGAACUUGUCUUUGGGGCAACGCAGGCUUGCUAUCUUAUCGCCCGUAGAGCAAAUCGCACCGCCGCCGAAGGAGAUUAUGUAACCGUUGUUGGAUCCCAGUGUAAUCAAAGCUGUGUCCGAAAAAACCUCGAGGUUUGCACUAUCUAGUCUGAAACAGCCGAGCAUUACCCUUCCGUCCGAGCAACUAGACACUAAUCUGUGCAUCUGGCUUCGUAAUCAGACAAAGUUAAGAUUUAUUGAUUCAGUUGUAGCUCUGUUUUUGUAUAGACAGGAACUGCCGCAAUGUCAGCCUUCUGAAUGAAGCCAUGGGUGAGCUUCAGUUUACGUCAUGUGACUACUCAAUUUUCGACUUACAGCUGACGGCCCCUGGGAGUGCUUCAAUGGUCAGUUUUCAUCUUCGUUGUCUCUUUCAUUCUUCUGUAGGACUUUGGAAUCCUCUGCUGCCUUAGACGGUAACGCCUGUAGAACACUAGAAUCAGAACUCCCCAGGAUAACGAUUGUAGAAGGUUUUCAGGCGACUUCUCGUCCUAGCUUGAGAACGUCAGUACCGGAUUGCACCAACUCCUCCUCAAUAAAACGAACGUCUCGACUAACCACCAACCUGUUAGAGGCCAGAUUAAUGAAUCUGUAGGCUUUGUGAAAUAUUCAACGAACGUCAUUUCUUUUGACUUGUUCUGGAGUUCGCUACGCUUCUUCUUAGGUACAUGAAGAAACGCUCUGCACCCGAACACGAUCAGAUGCGAGACAUUCGGCUGGUGUGCCCCCACCAAAGCUCGUAAGGUGUGAUCUCCACAGCACGCGAAAAAAGGUGGGUUUUUUGAUAUACCGCCGUUGCGGUAAUUCCAGAAUCUCGCCACCUUUCCCGCACCCAACAACAUGCACCGACUUGAAACGUGUCGAUAAUGUAUUGGUUGCGUUGCUCCGUCACUCCACUUCGCUGCGGAGAACAUUGCGGUAGAACUCCAUCGCUCGAAUUCACCCCUCUGCAGAUAAACCUGACCUGAUACGCUUGGGAUACAUUCCGAACUGUAUAUGGACGUAAUUGCAGUACUCCACGAUCCGGUUAGCGACUUCGACUUUUUCCGUUAAAAGAAAACAGUACAGUAGCGACUGUGAUAAUCCACAAAAGCAACAAAGUAACGAAACCCACUCAUCGAGAGUAUCUCCAAUGAUCCAUAUACGUCCGAGUGGAUGAGGUCUAACCGUUGUAGGUGGUUUUGGGGAAGAAAGCCACAGCAAUUCGCAAUCUGCCACAGAAAUCUCAGUGGCAAGCUCUUUCUUCAUGAGUAUUUCGAGCACAUCCGGUUCGCGAUGCCCAAACUGCCGAUGCCUCGUGUGUUAGUAACACCAGUGCCAGUACAGUGACCGCCACUACACGCUCGUCAGCCAACUCUACUUCACCUGUAGCUGGCCUGAUGUCCAUGAAGAAAUCGUUAUUGGACAUUUUAUGUGAACUAGCACCGUAUUGAAUGAUCGAAAAGUUUGCCGCGGUGACGUUUUGCCUGCUUGUUUCGUCCAGCAAUCACUCCCGGACGUUCUCAGUAGCUAACGAGCUCAAAGAAUUCGGAAAUCCUCGCAGGACGCAGGCUACCAUGGUAUCUUCUUUCAGGUCCUCUCCUACACAGUUUCUUGUAAAGAUUCUCCAUUCUCGUGAGGUACUCGUCCAAGACGUCCUCUUCCGUCUACCGCGUCAAACACAUUCGUUAGAGGAGAGAAACUCUAGUGGAUAGAAUGACGUUCGUGUGAUCGUUUGGUCAUUGCUGCCCACGCUUCUUUUGAUGUUUGCUUGAAUAACUUCAAAUUGAUGCUCCUCCUGCAGCAACAGAAUCGUUGCACGAGCUUUUUCAUCGCAUUCAAUCCAUGCCGCCAAAGAACCAGCCACUGCGCCCGCUAUGGUUUCACCGUCCUCACCUUCUAGUGUUGCGUGAGGGCCGUUUUUUCUCGCAAGUCCACAUAUCUUUCUGGGUUGGUACCGCUUUGGUCCGGAACUUGCAGGUUUUGUAAUUGGAGUUAUUGAGCUUCGUGGAAUUUUGAGAUCCCUCCCAACGCAAAUAAGGCUCUACUUGCAGAACUUCCAGGACCGAUCUUCUUGGUGGUGGAGAAGAAACUUUAACGCGUUGCUAAGGCUCAAUAAUCUAUUGGCAGAGCGUGUAAAUGGUAAACCAAUCUGGUAACAAUGGAUUGACAAAAUAUCUUUUUCUAUUACGGCCACAUGAUUAUUGUGAAUAGAGUAUUCACAAUAGACUGUUUCGAUAAGUUGGAUCCUUCAAUUCGUGUUUAUUUUAACACAGAGAUUGUUUUUUGGAAUACACGGGGUUUUUUUAGUAAGUUCUGAAAGAUUUUGCUUUAUAGAUGGGACUCCAAAUGUAGCAGGUCCUAGGCCUAAAAACUUCCCAGUAUUGUCCAAGUACACGCAAAAGUUGUAUGGUGCGAAACCAGUACAAAAUUGUGCGUUUUUAGCGCAAUUGUUGAUGUAAUUCGGAACCAGUACAAUGAUUGCGUGUUGGGCAUAACGCAAUUAAUGCUCUAGCGUUGCUCCAAUGUAUUUGGUAGCUCCAAACUACUACACCUAAACAGUUUCAACUGGUAUCAAGCAGCAUUGCAAAGCGAGCGAGAAGUAAAACCUUUCUCCUCCUUUCUGCUUGAGGACGAGACAUAUGUUACGCUUUACAAGUCUUUUGCACACACGCCUUCGAGAUACUUUUUCUUCUUCAUGCAUUUCCUUUGAUAGCAGCAAGCACGCAUCGACAGUAUGAGUGAGACUAACAACACUGGCAUCUAGUAUGUACAGCACGGGUGUCUCGCUCAUUUCGUGAAGCGACGAGACAUCGUCUUGCGCGUCGCAACCCGAACCGAAAAAGAAGCGAAAGAGCAACCUGCACAUUAUAUGUGACGUAUCUAGUCUCGUCGCACGUGCAUGUAAAAUCUACGAGCAAGAGAGAAAGAGCAGUCACUUAUACACUCGAUGUGAGAAAUAAAGUGUCGGUAUAUGAUACAUAUUCUGAUUUCAAUCUAUGUCAAUGUAUUCGCAGUACAACUGUUGCGUUAUGCGUUUCACACAUUUAUUGUGCGAUUUCUGUGCAACAUUUGUGCGAAUCGGGAAGACACAAUGAUUGUACAAGACUUCAACUUUUGCGUGUAGUUUCUAAAUGAUCGCGCAACAUAUGGCAGAGCGUUGUCGUGAUAAAAAAAGCAGUUUUUCAAGCUUGAACCAAAUCCAUGAUCAUCGAACGCGAGCUCUUCUUUAUUUUAUUCAUUUAUUUAUUUAUUUUUUAAAUUGAAACGGAUCUUUGAUCGAAUGUAGCUGGUGAUGCCUCUGAAGCGACUUGUUUCAAGUUUUUUUAAAUCUUAGUGGUUUACUAAUUCAGUCUCGGUGGGUUUGUAGUAUUUCAAGAUCUAAACUAGAGACUUAGACAUUACAUAAGACUUAACAUCGAUCCAUCAGUCUUUGGUAGAGUAUUAGGGGCUUUUAUUUACUACACAUUCGUUAUCUAGGAUUUAAAAGUUAAGUAAACUGCCCUGAUUUCACUCAACACCAUUCAUUUUAUGCAUGUACAAGCGUAUUGAUAUAUCAAGGGUGUCAAAAUUUGGAUCAGAGAACAUAAAAAACAAUAAAGUAAAAACCUAAACAGAUGUCAUGAAAGCGUUUUCCUCAAUCACAAAUCUGCUUCAAUAGCAGAAUAACCGAAAACUAUAUGAUCAACGUCAUAAUAAACCAAUGCUUUCAAAGUGACGCACUUGCUGUUCUCUGUUAAAAAUAAAAAAAUAAUUGUAAUUUCAUUUCUAAACAUAAUUUUAGACCAAGAUAGCAACCAUAAAUUGUCUCAUGAAUUAACUAUCCAUCAUGGCGGUACACCUUUCAUCAUUUUCUCCGCUCGAAGUCCGGCCGGCCGGCUUCCGAGGCUCGCGUCCUUCCUUUCCGAAAUGGACUCCGCCCGGGGGCAAUAAAUUACCCAUACACCUUUUCGCGUCCUUCUGAAAUAAAUACCAUAACUGGCGCGCAUAGUCGUCACACUGGUAUGGCCACCCAAGUCUCCCGGUCCAAGUAAAGGGAAGUUCGGAGUUGUCCCGACCGGGCGUUACGUGUAAUGAAUUAUUCAUCGUGGAAUUAGUUUCGGAUGGCACAAAAGAAUGGUCUGAUUGUUUUCGGACUAUCCUUCAUCGGGUGUUGGCGAUACGCUUGGUCAGAGUCGCCGAGUGUGGUUGUAAAGUGGUACGAUAAACGGAAUCGGUUGGCAACACUUUCUCUUUCAGGUUUACCUUCCCGAAGGGGAUAAUUGAAAUUGGAACAAGCAGCAGUAAGAGUCUCGUUGAGUUUCUCUACUUUUCCAGGGGGCGCCUAGAACGCAGAUGUAUAAUGUUUCGAUGUAAUUGACAUAAUGUAUCACCGGGGUUCAGGGUGAGAAGUGAGCGAUGCAUGAAUUGGCGUGAAUGAAUGCGGAGAAGGCUCAUAAAAACGGAAUCGUAAAACAUGUCGAAAGCUGUCUUGCUCGCGGAAUGAUAUACUAUUUAUGAAACAAAAAAAAUGAAAACGACAUGAAUAUAAAUUUAUAUUUUUCUACAAACGCUAGAGUAUUCAACCGUACAAAAACAUAAAAGUCACGAGAACAAUUCCAUUUCGAAAACCAAAAUUUUAACCUAAAUACACACAUCCAUUUUGAAACCGAAUUUAACAGCAACAUUCUGCUCUCGCCGGAAUCUGUCAAGAAUCAUUCCAUCCACCUAAUUAACCGCCUUCACUCAUAAUCCAGGUUUGGUUUUGCCCCUCCUCCCCGGUUAUUGACACAUUCACUCACCUAACCUAAAUUGUACCGCACUUGGUAACACAUCGUCGUCGCAGUAGGCUGAAAAAGCUUUCGCCCGCAAACGAGGUUCCAUUCUUUGGGAUUUCUGCUAUUCAUCCGGGGAAAAUAUUUGCACAGAAACCGGAACCACCGAAAUAUUUUCCUGUUAGACGAAGCCCUCAGCUAGCGAAGGACCGUCGCAGCACCACAGAGCGGAACGGAGACGCUGCUGGGCGGAUAUACACAAGCACGUACACACAUACGCCCGCACGUAAAGUCCAACCACGUGGUGGUUCUUCUCGCGCCGGAAGGAAAACGUGCCUAGCGGCAUUUUGUCUGUCUUAUCUCACCUGCUGUUGUUGUUAUUUUGGGUGUACCUACGUCUCGUGUCGGAACGGUCGUCUUCAGACGCUUCAGACUGUUUGUGACAUAGCGACCGACCGAGCGUUUCCGAAAAUUUAUCCUUGCUUGGCGGAAGGACCAGCGAAUUUUAAUAUGCUAGGAAUCUCUGGAACAGCUGGUAAGGCUAACACUCCCUUAAAUAACAGGAUUAGUGAUCGGCAACGGAACGGGUAGAGCCGACAGUUAAAGACAGAGGUCAAAAAAGUAAAUCAAAAAUUUACAAAUUGCUCUUUCAGUUUAAUUCAAUAAAAAUAGCAAUGUGUACGCACGACUUUGUACCCAGAAAAAGCUUUUUUGUAGCUUUGUAAUUCAAUGUGAAAGUUCGGUUUUUGAGAGUACUCCUGAGACUCACCUUUGCGACAUUCCGAAAAUAAAUCUGCUUCCCACACGGCAUUCCUCAUAGCACCCACAAACGUUCGGUCUGAACCUGAGUAGAGGUCAGCCAAGACAUACGCCUAAUCUCGCUUCGGCAACCCGUUUGUCCUCUUUGCCAGGUCAUAUGCUGCAGCCAGCACGAAAAAAGUCCCUACAAGAUCACAUGCACAUGUUGGAUGCAAAAUUUUGCUCAGCCAUACUCCUAGGUCCGAGUGGACAUGAGAUAUACUUGAAAACAGUGAGAAUUUCGAGUGCGCCGGGACCGGAAUUUUGCACUCUAGGAAUAGAAAUACUUGCCGGCCGGGGUUUUACCAAGAUCCAACCUUUCAACACCCCAUCCAUCGACUCGACCUCUUGCCAACUCCUGCCGUAGAAACUAUGGGAUCACUAAUUUAAUAGGAUUGGAAUGCGAACGAUGCCUCAGCACAGCAAUACUGAAGCUGAGUAAUUUUAGAAGGCUCUCAGUGCCCGAAUGGCUUUUCAACAGUGGAUAUUCGCAAACAUAAUGCUAGUGCAUUUCGUUUCCGGUAUGUUUGCUAUUUUCGUUUCGAAACCCAGGGAAUUGAAAUUAACUGACCUUGAAUCGAGGCCGGCAGAAGAGUCGUUAAUGCUUUUAGCUGCGGGGUGAAUUACAAAUGCCUCUCACCUGUAGCCACUUGGUUUUGGAUAACCGUGCCAAAUGCUUCGCAUUUGCUGGUUUGCGGUUCCAGAUGCUAUGUCUUUAAAGCUCGAACGCAACUGCCCAUAGACGUGUACAGGAUUUUGGUUUGAGUUCCAUAUUAAGUUCAUUAUAAUCUGGACACACGAAAAUUGGAACAAAAAGUACAAACAUCAAGUGUGACUGUUUAUUCAAAAGUAUUCUCAGUAGCGUUGCUGGCAGCUCUAGUCCAGAUUUGUUGGAAAUGUUUGGCAUUUUUAUCCUCCCACUCUUUUCAGAAAGCGGUCGCUUCCUCAGAACCCAAUAUCCCUCAGGGGGCUGGCCCGAAUCUCAGAUUAAUUGGAAGGGAUGAAGAGAUUUGGUACAAUAUUGACAUUAUUGAUGUCAGAUCCAGCAAAAAUGAAACAUUUCCAUUGCGGUGUUUGCUGAAAGGCAACAACCGGUUUUUAUAGGCACUCUUUCUGAAGAAUUUUCUUGCUGAUUGUGCCAGUGAUGAUGAAAGAAUAACUUUUUUAGCCACGAGCGCGGAUUGCUUGUCAUACAGAUUUUUUUUUCGGGGAAUUUCUUCAACUUGUUCGUUCUUAAAUAUUUCGGUUUUGCGUUGCUGUACAGUGGAUUUGGGCAAUUACUCCUAGCUUUGCUUGUGUGGAAUAUUUCGCACUCAGUUGAAAUAUUUCACGAAAUUUAUUGUACUCUUUUGAACGCCAAUAUACACGGUGGUUUCUUGCUAGGAGUGUUUCAGGGGCUGAGAGAGGGCUACAUUUGAUGUAAAAAAUUCUUUUACGCAUAUGCCUCAACGUUAUUCUCCUCGGGGUUAUUCAACUUUGAAAUUUCUUGGAUACUCUUCAAUAAAUUGAAAUUUAUCGAAAUUUGAAGCUGAUUAAGAGUUGAUGUCGGAGCACAAACUGUGAAACGGUCAAAAACAUUCACUUUGAGCUAAGAGAAUGAUAAUGUUAACAACCUGUUUUAGAGAGAAAACAUCAAAAUACUUUAAAAACAGUACUACUUUUGAAAAUUUUUGCUUCCAGAAUGAUAAUUUAAAUAUUCAUUCAGACACACAGAAGCUGUAUCUAGUAAAAAAAAUUUCUCAGUUUUCAUAUGAAACUAAGUGAAUUGCUCGAGGUGGAAUACACUCGAGGUUAGAGCCACUCUAAGAAGAGUAUCCAAGAAACUUUGAAGUGGAAAAUCUCCGAGUAGAUUAACGUUAAGGCAUAUGCGUAGAAGAUUUUUAUUUUUUCAAAAAAUAUGGCCCUCUUUCAGCGCUGUAUUAUUUAAGCUUAAGCUUGUAAAUUAUUAUUAUAAUUAUUCCCCUCAAAGUGCCUAUGUCUUUUUUCCGUAUUUAUUCAUUUUGCGAGAGAUUUCCGAAUUUAUGUUCUUUUGUCAUGAAUUGUUAUACAAACUGUUAUUAUUAUUGUUUUCCACGGUUUAUUGUCACCAUUUCACAACCAAUUUAAGGAUUGUUUCGCUAGAAAAAAAGUGGAAAGUUUAGGAUUUUCGUAAAGAUCUGGGGUUUCUUUUAAUACAUUGAAGCUAUAUGCAUAUGUACACAACAUAUGCAUAUGUACACAAACAUAGCCUGGACGUAGAAUUACAAAAGUUGUUUUUCAUCAAACUCACUGGUAGCCAACCCGAUAGAAUUCAGCCUCGGGUGCAACACGGAACAGCGUGAUAUAUUUUGUGUCAUGGUUGAGAGUGCUACACUCAAUAUCAGCCCAACUCUGCUGCUUGCUAACACAAAAUGAGAGGUUAAUUUCUCGUACAUUCCUACGAUAUACGGAAUAAUCGUCAUAAUAUCACAUCACGAAACUAAGAGAAUGAUGAAAUUUGAAAAAGGGCGUGGAUAUUUAUAACUUAGCUAUAGAAUAAAACGGUUAAUACAAAUUUUAGAACUCCAUCCUUUUCCAUUCUCAUGCCUGCAAAGGAGCGCGAGAAGAAUAUCCAAACCAUUACCCCAGGAACAGCAACACGAUAUUGCGUGGUUCCGAUACUGGACAACAACGAUACUUGAAAAAAAAAACGAACUUCUUUGCAUCUUCAAUUUAUUCAAAGUCUGGAUAAUCUUCACCAUUAAAAUUGGAAAGGGGAAUCGCUGCAGCUUGCAGAUCAAGCCAUCAUGCCAGACAUUGUCGAACAUGCAACAGCUGUUUUAGCGACAGCUUUAUUCCGCCUGAUGAUGUCCGCGACACGCACAAGUUGGUGAACUGUGGAGUAGCUUUUGCGGAAACCAAACUAUUCCUUAAGAAAGAUGUUAUGGAAGUCGGCAAAAUCCAACAGCCGAGGUUUUUGUAUUUCUCCUAGAAAGGUAUAGCAAUCACUUGCAAAACCGAAAGUAUAAAAGUGCUCCAAAGGGCCGAAUGGCAUACAUCACUCGACUCAGCUCGACGAGCUGAGCAUUUUCUGUAUGUGUGUGUGGGUGUAUGUGUGUGUGUGUAUGUGCAGAUUUUUAUUCUCACUCACUUUUCUCAGAGAUGGCUGGACCGAUUUUCAUGAAAUUAUUUGCAAAUGAAAGGUCUCUUUGUCCCAUAAGACCCUAUUAAAUUUCAUUGUAAUCGGAUUUUUAGUUUAGAGGUUAUGUUAAAAAAUGUAAAAAUCAUGAAACAUCAUUAUCUCAGAAACUACACAACCGAUUUAAACAAAAUUGAUUUCAAAUGAACGGGCUACCUGAAAAACCUUUAACUUUUGAAUUUCAUAAAGAUUGAAUUUGUGGUUCAAAAGUUAUGACAAGAAACGUGUUUCGAAGACUGUUUAAUCUCACUCAUGUUUCUCAGAGAUGGCUGCACCAAUUUUCAUAAAAUCAGUUUCAAAUGGAGGGUCUAGUUGCCCCAUAAGACCCUAUUGAUUUGUUUUGCAAUCGGACUAUUCCUUUGCCUGUUAUGUUUAAAAAUGUGAAAUCCAGCUAUGAAAAGGAACAUAUUCCAAAGACUACUUGAACUCACUCACUUUUCUCAGAGAUGGUUGACCCGAUUUCCACAGAAUUAGUGUCAACUAAUAAGUCUAGCUGCCUCGUAACACCCUAUCGAAUUUUACUGUAAUCGGACUGUAACUUCCUCUGUAAAGUACUAAAAUGUGAAAAUCACGAAACUUCAUUAUCUCAAAAACUGCACAACCGAUUUGAUCAGUAUUAUUAUCAGAUGAGCGGGCUAGUUGAGAGAAAACUGAUGAAUUAUGCUUCAAUACGUGGUUUCAAAGUUUGGCUGCCCUAUACGUUCCCUUUUCAUUUGAUUAUAAUUGAACUUAAGCCACCGUUAUGUAUUAAAUUCAGUGGUGGGCACCAUUCCGCUAAUCCGCUAAUUCGCUAAUUAGCGACGCUAAAAUCCAGUUAGCGAUUUAGCGAUUUCGCUAAUUUUUGAGCUGGUUAGCGAAACUGUUAGCGUCGCUAAAAUUUUGGCCUUCGAAACGCUAAUCGCUUAUUCGCUAAAUUUUGUAGACAAGCGACAAUAGAAAUAUUCAGAAAAACUGAAUUGCUGAUGGCGUACGUAAAUUGUUUCGAAAGAUGAACAUACUUUACUGCGAAAGUUACUUUUGUCAGUUUUUUUACCCUAGAAUGGAGUUUCAGUUAUCGUACAAGCCACAGGAGCAUUUUGAAGAGCAAGCACAAGGUCUAGAUUGAAUUUUCGGCACACCAAGAACUUUGGUAAAUUGCAAUGCGCUUGAAAUUAUGACAACUUUGGUUCUACUUUUUCGAUUCAGAUAAUAAUUGAAUUUUUAUGAAAACAUUCCUAAGAGUAUCUAUUUUCAAUGCAAGCUAAAUAACUUUUGUUAUUCUUGUUUUUACAAAAUCAAAUAUGAAUACCGUUUCUUGAACCUCUUACUGUAAAUAGCUUUAAAAGUAAUUGUUUUCGUUUGUUUAACCAAAACAGAUCAAAGUGGUCCAAAUCUUACAAAACACGAGCAAUAAAUAUAGCGAUAUGACUAUUUACAUAUUAAAUAGUUAGCGAUUAGCGAUUAGCGAAAGUUCCGCUAAUGUGGGUUUAGCGUUUAGCGUUUAGCGCUUAUCGAGCUAAAUUUUCCGGUUAGCGACUUAGCGAUUAGCGUCGCUAAAUUUUCGGUUAGCGGUGCCCACCACUGAUUAAAUUGUUAAUAAAACAAUGAAAGUCUAUUAUUUCACAUGACUUAUUUGAACAUAACUAGUGUCAUACGAACGAGUCAUCUCUCAAACUUACAAAUAACAAACUUCAUAACAAUUUGAUAUGUGGCUCAAAAGUUAUGGAAAAAAAGAAAUUCAAAGACUAUUUAAAACUAUACCUGCUUUGAUUGAUAUAUUUAUGUCGAGGAUCUUUUUGAACUGGAAAUUUUCUCGACUCAGCACUGGGGCACGGUGUAUCGUUGUACUUAUCCUACACAUGCAAAAUGUGCCAAAAACAAUAUCCAAAAUGUUGCCUGAGAUCUGAGGUAUUUGUUACCACUCAAAACAUUCACCUGCCAAAUAUGGUUCCAUUUAGUAAAUCUGUUUUUACAAAUAAAAGUAUGAAUGAGAAAGGCUGGGUCUGACCGCUAGGUGGAUUAAUUUAGGUUUUUAGGUUCUUGAAUAGCUUGGAAAGAGCGCAGAGGAGGCUAAUUGGGUGAUUGCGUUUGGGCGAGAUAGGGUCUUCAUCUGGCUUUGAUCUGUGAAUGGCUUUUCCAACAAAGUGGAGCACAAAGUUCAAAGGAUUUGUAGGCUGCAAGAUGUCUCGUCACCUCAAUAGUUAAGCUUGAUGUUACAGGGUGACAAAAAAGUCCGGUCACACAAGAGAAUUUCAAAAUUUCAAAGAAUAAGAAGAAAAUCUGAAUCUGGCUUUCAUAGCUUUAUUCAGCAACUCAUAAAGAUACUUCACAGACGAUAUCUCGGAAUUACACCACCUUUCUCUGAUCGAACCAGCAUCAGACGUCUCGGAAAGUCGUCGCAAGCUGCGCGCAAGUGCUCCAUCGGCAUCUCGUCCCCGAUUUUCGUGAUAACUCGCUUGAAUUGCUCCAAAUUUGUUAUUUUAUAGUCGUUCAGCUUCGACAUCAUGUAUCCCCACACGAAAUAAUCCAGUGGGUUCAGAUCCGGAGACGACGGAGGCCAUUCAUUCUUCGAAAUAAAAUCGGUCAAGCUUUCCUCACACCACGCCUGAACAAACUUUGCGGUGUGGGAUGGGGCGCCAUCUUGCUGGAAGCAGUAGUAAUCGUCUUCAAACAAUAGUUCAGCUUGAAGCAGAACAUUUUUAUUCAAAACCGUGUCCAGGUAGUACGCUGCGUUGAUUUUGACCCCUUUAUCGAUAAAAAUAAGAGGUAGUUAACCUCUCUUGCAAAUGGCUCCUCAAACCAUCACUGACGUCUUAUUUUGAAACCGGGAAACGUUCAGCAUGUCCGCAGGAGCUUGCUGGGGGCUCACACUCCAAACUCGAUCAUUUUGGCGAUUGACUGUUUGCUCCAAAACGAACAGCUUCUCGUCCGAAAAAAUAAUUUCGUCAUCUGAGCGCCAACCGAGCCACUGUCUCGUUGGAACCUCUUGUCCUUUGUAGCUUUGGUAACCCCAUGAACCACCUGUUUUUGUUGUACGGUGUAAGUUUUUAUUUCCUUGCGCAGAAGCAGGCGGAUUGAUUCUCGGUUCAUUCUGAGGUUCCUGGCCAGCUUCCGUGGAGAUUGGGCGGGAUUCCGGCGAAUCCGGUCUCAUAAAAUCUUUUUCAGCCUUGGAGUUCUCACAGACCUUGGUCGUCCAGAUCGUGCCUUGUCCUCGGUGCCUCCGGUCUCUAGGGACGGAUUUAUGGUCCGGUAUACGAAUUUCCGGUUGAUUCCGAGCGGUUUUAGGUGUUUGAAUAUGUGUCCGGGUUUGUACCCUUUCACAUAUUCAGCGAUAACAGCUGCUCUUAACUCUGCCAUGGCUCACAACUCAAUGUAAACAAACUGCACAGAAACGAAACUCUGCCACUUUGGGUAGCAAAGUUAACCCAUUCAUUUGACAUAUAGAUGGCACCAGAGAGAUGCAACGUGUAGGCUACAGGCGACCCCAAAAAAGUGUGACCGGACUUUUUUGUCACCGUGUAAAUAUUGCUUGGAAAACUGGCGCUUCCACGUUUUUGAAUUGUUUGACGGCGUUUUUGACGCCGUCCACCGUAACUCUCUGCUCCUCUGGAAUAACAUAUUUCGAAUCUUCGAGUGAACUUUCAACCCUGUUACCCAAUUGAUGAGAACUAGGGAAAUGAUUUCCAAAAGCAUUCGACUUUUCAGCCGACGUUAGUAAGUGUCUUCCUAUCAGAGCAGAGCUGAAAGAUUGGUUCGGGUUUAUUUUCAAGCAUUUUCGUGAGUUUCCAGAAGAGUUUUGAGUACUUUCCUAGACCACUAACAAAGUAGAGGAAGUUACGGUCACGCAACUCUUCAACUCUAGCUCGAAUUAUUUUGGUGAAAUUAUCUGACGAAAUUUUCUUUUCAUGAAGAGAAUAGGUCUUCUUGGAAUUGCCUCUGUUAGAUAUCACGAAUCUUGACUAGUUUGUUAAUGGUGGGAUCAAAAUUAAAGUAGUUACGGUCAACCGGAACCAUUCUGAUAUUUUCUUCCUGAGCCCGAUGACGGGAGCUUAAAUUUCCUCGAUAGCCCCAUGUAUUUGUAGUGUCGAUUUGCGAUUAAAGUUGUCACACAGAUCUACACUCCGCCCAAAUGCUAACCAGUCGGCAUGUUGAUAGUCUCGACGGGUUUACUGUUUGACCUCAACACCAGAACCGAAACUUAACAGCACCCAACAUUGGUCGGAAAUCAGCUCCUCGAGAUCGGUUGAAUGGCCGAUGUGGCUAAAUACAUUGGUGAUGUAGAUGUCAAGUGUCGAAAAACUACCUUUGUUGAAGUAUGUGAGGCUUGCAAAAGCCAAAAUAAUGACCAUGAAAGUCUUCUUUCGAAUCAACUCCAUUUCACCGGCGAGUUGUCCCCGGCGAUGCGAAACUUACAGUGUCUCCUCAUCAGCCCUAUGAUGUUAUUCUUAAGAGUUACAUCUGAGCCAUCCCGAACGCGGGCUUACGUCGGAUAGUAUACUGUGCAGGAAAGAGGACGUUUGUAUCGAUGAGGCUGAGUUGGAAGGAUGGAAGCAGCUUGAACUGGAUGCUAUUCCUAACGGCAGUGGCCACUACUCCACCCGAAGAGUUACUGCGGUCUAGAGGAAGUAGUCGGUGGUUUGGGAAGAAAUUCGAAACAUUAGGUUUCAGAUGGGAUUCAUUACUUUUGAAGAACUCACCAAGAUGGUAGAUUUUGCACAUUCCAAUUCAGUUCCAAUUUAGGAAAUUUCAAUUCGCUUAGAGCAGCACAUUUGUUGAAACGGGUGUUCAUAUUGCAAUUUUGUUGGAAUCCUUUGGUCCAGGCUGCUUGCCAGCACGUCUAGAAUUAUCUCCUUCGGAUGUAGAUGCAUCUGAGCCCUGCUUUCGGCGACUCACCUGCUUCUUGGGUAGUUGAGUGGAGAUAGACUUCCUCUUGUUCACACUGCAAAUCGUCCUCGGAAGGAGAGAAAGCUGACCUCUCAAUGCCAGCCAGCCGAUACACCACAAAGAACACGAAAUUUCAAUAUGAAUAUAAGGAAAUUUUGUGAGCGCAGGAGAACGUCUGUACAGCACAACUUCCAAAAUUGGCGGAGUUAUGUUGUAAUAACCCUAGAGGACGGUUAAUAAAACAUUGCGGAGGAGUUUUAAUUGCAGUUAAGGUUUUUCUGGAAUGCAGGUCAGUUACUAUCGGUAACUGCGAGAACCUCGAGCAGUCCAUUGUCCACGUAGGGUUUCAGAAGUCUAGAAUUUACGUUCGCGAAAUCUAUCUUCGACCCAAUUCGCAACCGCUGUUCCACUACCCGCAUGCAACUUCGCGAACGCAUGUCAGAUUCCGUCAAGAUCGUGGCCGUUUGUGAUGGGAUAAUGACGGUAACAUCGAAGGUCUGGUGCCAUCGAACGUUUCCACUGAACAGGAAAUCGUACUAGUUGAGUCGACGGUUUCUUCUCCAUCAAAUACACAGUUUAUUGAAUUUAAGCGAACAUCAACUCUUUUCUGAAUCGGGGGUAGACGACACCUUUGCAAGAAUCCAUGGUAGACAAAGGAGCUGCCGCAUCUUCGUAAUGUUGUUCGGAAACUCCGUUAUUUUCGUGCAAUUGAAUCCCGUCACAAAAAAUGUCAAACUGUGACAUUUUUCAAUUACAUUGCUUGUAUGAAGACGACUGCUAAACGCUCCAAUCGCUUUCCUGCCGAGAUUACCCUAUAAAUAAAAUAAAUUCACCAACAUUAUCGCCAGAGAGUCUCAAAAGCUGUCCAACCAUUAACAUGAAUCUCCCACUCGUUGAAAUAUCCCAGUAUGAUGUGUUGUCUGCUUUGAGAAAGCUUGAUGCUUCAAGAGACCGGGAAUUCAAUUGCUCGCUUUUAAUUGCUUGCUUCGUCAAAGUACAUUUUUUAGUUUGCCCGCUUCAAUCAGCCCGAUUUACAAAGCAGGCUCUAGUCACGCAUUUGAGAAUUAUUGCGAGUUUCAAUUUUGUGCUGCUUGGCGAAUGUCUUUGAAGGAUUAGUCCACGAUGCAUUCUACGCUGCUUCGCUACUAUUUAUAUCCAAGUUUCAACACGGAUUUGUAAAGGAACGGUCAAUAACUAAGAAUUUGAUGGCGUUCACUAAUUUCCUUUCAACUGAAAUCGAGAACCAGCAAUAGAUCGAUGUCAUAUAUUUCGUCUUCAAAAAAGCGUUUGAGUGCCACACAGUUAUACUAUAGCUCAACUCCUUUGCUUGGGCUUUCCAUGCUAGAUUACGGAUUAGCUAUGCUCCUAUCAGACAGAGUGAAAUGCUUUCGUCAACGUCAACGGCUCACAUUCUCGCAUCUUCUCCAUUUCAUCUGGUGUUCCACAAGGUAGUGCUCUAAGUCCGCUCAUAUUUAUAUCAUGCAUCAACGGUCUGUACUGUAGUUUGAAAUCUGUUAAAUAUCUGUACGCUGCCGCCUAAAAAAUGUAUCGCAAUGUGAAGACUCACCUCGAUUGCUACGCCCUAGAGACCUUGGUGUCUCAAAAACGGGAUGGAACUGAGAAUCGAGAACUGCAUAUCCAUUACAUUUUUUCGCCGGCAAACUGAAAUCGAAAUCGAUUAUUCUAUUGGAGCCUAUUGGAGACCUUGCUACGCGUUGCCUCUAUCCUUGAUUUUAAAGUCAACGUUGAUAGUAAACUCAAGUUCGACGAGUACAUCUCCAUCACUACUGCCAAAGCUUUCAUAGCUCAAGAAUUUAUUCGUACCAAGUACCACUAACGAUUUCAAUGACACCUCUGCUCUCAAGGCGCUGGAUUACUUGUUGGUUCGGAGCACCUUGUAGUAGUUAUGCGUUAUGCGUGUGGUCGCCAGGUUAUAAUUAUUUAUUAUUUGUUUGGUAUUCCAUCAUAAUGACAUGGCCUGAUUUUUCCAAUUCACUCGGUUAUCAGCUGCCGCUCUCCAAUCCCUGGAACACCGUGUACUCUCUGCCAGAUCUAGCUCCACCUGGUUUACCCAUCUUGCCCGCUGCGCCCCUGGUCGUCUUCUUCCUACCGGAUUCGAGGCCGACACCAUCUUCGCAGGGUAUUGCAACAUGCCCUACCCAGCGUAUCCGUCCAGCUUUAGCCACCUUCUGAAUACUGGGUUCACCGUAGAGUUGCGCGAGCUCAUGGUUCAUUAUUCGCCUCCAUAUUCCGUUCUCAUGCCCGCCACCAAAGAUCGUCCUCAGUACUCGUCGUUCGCAAACUUCGAACAUUCGCAGGUCCUUCUCGAGCAUUGCACACGUUUCAUGCCCGUAAUGAACAACCGGUCUUAUGAGCGUUUCAUACAGGUUACACUUCGUACGGGGGCUCAGUCUAUUCGACCGCAAUUGCUUGUGGAGCCCAUAGUAGGCACGACUUCCGCUGAUAAUACGCCUUCGGAUCUCUCGGCUGGUAUCAUUGCCCUCAGCAACCAGUGAGCCAAGAUAGACAAGCUCAUUAACUACCUCGAACUCAUCACCGUCGAUCGAAUGCCACUGCCUAGGCGUUGUAGGUCGGCUUCGGUUCCACCGGCUAGCAUAUACUUCGUUUUAAACUUAUUUAUCUGCAACCCAAUCCUCGUUGCUUUUCAUUUUAUUCUGGUUCUGCCCCCGCCUCAGUUGUUUUGCCGACAAUGCCCAUGUCAUCAGCAAAGCAAACGAAUUGACUGGAUUUGUUGAAAAUCGUACCCCGCGUGUUAAUGUCCGCUCGAUCCAUUACACCCUGUAUCGCAAUGUUGGAUAAAGCCCCCUGCGGGAUUCAAAUGGACCCGACAAUCCACCCGAAAUCCGCACACAGCACUGCGUCUCAUCCACCGUAGCCUUCAACAGUCUAAUCAGCUUCCCCGGAAAGCCGUUUUCGUCCAUGACCUUCCAUAGCUCUUUUCGGUUGAUAGUAUCAUACGCGGCUUCAAAGUCGAUGUAUAGGCGGUGUGUGGGGGUUCUGUAUUCACGGCAUUUCUGGAGGAUCUGCCGUAGGGUAAAGAUUUGGUCCGUCGUAGACCGUCCUCCCACGAAGCCGGCCUGAUAACUUUCCACAAAUCUGUUGUCAAGGGAUGAGAGGCGGCGGAAAAUGAUUGGGGACACCUCUUUGUAGGCGGCAUUCAGAACGGUGAUCACACGAUAGUUCCCACAGUCCAAUAUGUCGCCUUUUUAUAGAUAGGGCAGAUAACCCCAUCCUUCCACUCCUCCGGUAGCUGGUCUGUAUCCAAAUUCUUGCAAUCAGCCAGUGCAACCAGGUGACCAGCAUCUCCGGACCCAUAUUAAUAAGCUCCACUCCGAGGCCAUCCUUCCCAGCCGAUUUAAUGUUUUUCAGCUGCUUGAUGGCAUCCUUAACCCUCUAGUGCCCAAGUUUUUUUCAGACGGACUUUGAGAAAAUCACUCUGAAACUUUAUAAACAAUUUUUAUAUAUUGAUUGAACUUUUCGGUCACCUCACGAUCGUCCGUCAGAAAACUACCACCUUUGUCCCGGUACAUUUCGAUUCGCGGCACAAAGCCUCUGCGGGGUGCGUGGAGUUUCUGGUAGAACUUUAGCGUUUCCUGAGAAUGAUGCAGCUGUUCCAGCUCUUCAAGCUCCUCCUCCUCCGGGCGGCGCUUCUUCUCCCGGAAAAUUUGGGUUCGCUUCAUCUUCUUCUGUCGGUGUCUUUCCACAUUCUAACGAGUGGCACUGCGCAUCUUAGCCGCCCACGCAGCAUUCUCCUCAUCCAUCACCCUCCUACAUUAGUCGUCGAACCAUUCCUUCCGUUAAUUUCGUCCCACAUUCCCGAUGACGCUGUUGAUGGCUGUUUUAAUUGUGUUCCAACAGUCCUCGAGAAGACCUUCCUCCAGCUAGUCCUCUUCCGGCAGCGCAGCUUCGAGUGGUUGCCCAUAGUUUUCGGCGACGUUAGGUUGCUUCAGUCGCGCGAGAUCUAAUCGGAGCGGGCGUCGGUACCGAAUGUUGUUAACAACGGAGAGUUUUUGGCGCAUCUAAACCAUCAUCAGGUAGUGGUCCGAGUCUACGUUAGCGCUGCUAUAGGAUCUGACGUCGAUUAUGUCUGAGAAGUGUGAUCAAUCAGAACAUGGUCGAUUUGUGUUUCCGUCUGAUUUGGUGACCUCCAGGUGUACUUGUGUAGGAGGUUGUGCUGGAAGCAGGUACUACGCACGGCCAAAGUCGAUGAGUCUUAGGCUCAUCUCGUUGGUCCGCUGGUGCAUGCUGAACCCUCCAACCACCGGUUUGUAUUCCUCCUCCUGGCCGAUCUGAGCGUUGAAAUUCCCGAUGACGAUCUGAUAUCAAGAUCAGUGGUCGUACUUUUUUAUUGCGCGUAAAAUCAAUCCUUGUCGUCUUCGGUACUUCCGAGGUGAGGGCUGUGCAGGCUUGGCCACCACCCAAUCACCCGUUUCCGCAUCUCGCCCAUCACUAUAAAAGCUGUCCCCAGCUCAUGUGUGUUGCCGCAGCUCUAGUAGAUGACCAUUGAGCCCUUCCAGCACACCUCCUGCAGCGCUACGACGUCGAGUCUGCGGGAUAUCAAUACUUCGGAGAGCACUCGAGUGCUCCCUUGGAAAUUUAGAGAUCGGCAGAUCCACGUCCCGAGUUUCCAACCGUUAGUCCGUUUUCGUCGCAUGGGUCUGUGCCGAUUGUUCCAGUCCGAAUUUCUUUGUUCCUCGUUCAUUACUUGUGAGUGUUUUACGGUGGCGGCUUGUAAGGCCUGCGCACAAACCCUCUGUCUCGCCGGAGAACCAUUGUGUAUAACACUGUUUAGAGUCCCACGUUGGCACGAGGACGGUAGACGCUCGGAAACUCAGAAGAGCCCUCCUUCCCUGUCAGCAUACGACCAAGUUCCCACUGGGGUUGUUUACCCGAUCUUCUCUUGGUUGCUCGUAUCCCAGCUGGCACCGCGUGGAGGUGGGAAUAGGAGUGGCUGGAGAAGAGGCUGAGGACCACGUGUACGCAUUAUCCAGCCGUUUACCAGCCAGCCAGGUUGCCAGGUCAUACAACACAGAUUAUCCGAUUAGAGAGAGUCCAGCGUUGCUUUAUCCGAUUCAGCCUUCGCCAGUUUCCUUGGUCGGAUCCAAUUAUCAUGCCUAGUUAUAGAAGCCACUGUAAACUUAUCACCUUUGAAACGCUUAACCCCGGACGUACUAAUUUGCAGAGAAUUUUUGUGUUUGAUCGAAUUCAGGGGAACCUUCAUUGUGGUGUAAGGUGGUUGCAAACUGUGGCGAGCGGCGUUGCAAGUAUAUCAAUACAGCGUUUUAAAGUAAGCGAACGAAUCCGGUGUUGACAGCAUCCGGUUGAGUAUUUCAGAUGCUCGUUAGUGCGUUAGUGCGGGAACAAAUUGGUCGAGCAAGGUUAACAUUGUAAUCCUGAAAGACAUCAUCCUCCUCGACGCGCACAGGGAAAACAUUCUUGCCUUCAAAAUUGGCCCUAUUGAAAUCAUAGAUGACACUGCCGGUAAUAUCGUGAAUACGUUGUUGUGAGCUGAUCUUUAAACCAUCACCAGUAGAUCAUUACUUGAUGAGGAGGUAUGUAAAAUAUACAUACGUAGAGCAUUAUGUCGGGAGUGGCAGUUUCAACCCGUAGUUGUUCAGCUGAUACGCCUUCGAGAGAACUUACCAAAGAUGAUUUGAAGCUCGAGCGAAUAGCGAGUAGUACACCACUUCUUGGCUUGAUCUUGGCGAUAAACGAAGUAGGUAUGAGGUAUGGAGUAGUUGAUUUGAUAUCGUGUUAGAGGUGAGCCACAAUUCCGUCGAAGCGUGGGUAUCGAAGCAUCCGUCAACGAAGGUCAGAUGGUACUCAGCGAAAAAACUGUUGAUCCCACCAACAAUGAAUGAUAAAUGUGGCUUUACCUGUCGUUGUCUAGUAAUAGGAAGUGAAGAACCAUACGGAUAUGAAGACUUGUUGUCAAUAAGAUACUUUCCACGAUAGGCAGUUUGGAGGAUCCCAGCUUUAACACAAUAGACUCACGGCCGGGACGACUAGGACGAAAAACAAGAUAACAGCAAUGGAUCGGUAAGACUAUUAAGGGUCUUCCGCAGGUUGGAUAACGGUAAAAUUGGUCGUCUAGAAAGGUGGUUCGAAGAAAAAAAAUGUUGGUAUGCAGCAACUGGGAGCGUCCAUAAGCGGACUGGGAGUGGAAAGGCCGUUAGGAAGAAAAAUGUCAACAAAAAAGUGGGCUAGAGGACCUCGACUACAGAAUCAACAAACGGGGCGCGACGGCUGUAAUGAUCUUACCUUACCUUACUUACGAGAGCCGUGGUGGCUCGUGCUGUAUCAAUUAGUUGUCGCCUUGUUGCUCAGUUUUGGGCUGUGUUUCACCGGUUCUCCAGGCAAGUCUCUUUCGAUCUGGUCGAGCCAUCGUACACGCUGCGCCCCUCUGUUUAUGGUGCCUGCAAGGUUGCUGCAGAGAAGUGAUUUCACAGGGUUAUCGUCCGGCAUCCUUACGACGUGACUGGCUCUGAUGAUCGUUGGCCUUGAACUCACGGACAGAGAUUUAUUUCAGCUUGGUUGAUGACAACAAUACCUUUGCUUUAACGUUAGGAUUUACUCCAACUCUGAAGAAGAAAUUUAAAAGGAUAGUUGAACAUCACCGAAAAGUUUGAUGAUUCGAAUAAUUCAAUUUACAUAAUUCUGAGACAAGUCCUUUUUUUUUCAAACAACUAACACUGCAUUAAUUUGGUUUCUGAUAAAUAAACGCCAUUAUCAAUUUUGCAAUCCUUAAACGAAGUUCAACCACAAAAAUCGCCUCCCUGUGCACGGGUAUGAAUUCUCAGUCCCUUCAGGAGAUGUUCAUUCUUGUCUGGGUGCAGUCGAAACAUUAAGCGCCCGUUGUGCCGGCAGGAGGAUUUACGUUCGACCAUCGGCGGAGUCAGUUAACGAAGCUGAAAGUUCAAUAUGAACUCGAACAAGGUCCUCAUUAUUAUUCCGCCCAGCAAUGUGCAAUCUGAUGUACUGAAUUUUAUGGACGUUCAAAAUUACGCUCACAUUCAACGUAACCCUGUUCCGGAUCACUUUCCCCUCCGCUUUCCCCUUUCCACAUUUCCCCAACAAACGAACGACGAACAACCGAGCGUGAUUCCACUCUUAUCACAAUCAUCAUAUUCUCCUCAAGUUUCUCCGCUCAAGAAGCAGCAGGAAGCUACCUGGGAUCCAACAGUUUAUACCCAUGUAGCAACCCAGCUUUUGAUGAGGACAACUCGCUUCCAGCCUGCGAUGAAUAAUAAUCUAAAAUAGCCUACAUGUACCGUCUCCCUGGUCUUGGGCGUAUUCUUUGGCCCUAAUCCAGGAGGAUUGGAUCACUUCAUACGCAAAUUUGAUUCGAUCCAAAUUUAUGUUGGAUUUUCCUCGAAUCAGCCCCGUGAUUCUUAGCUCCGUAUCCGUUUCGCAGCAUCGGCAAAGCAUCUUAUCUUGAUGGGACAAAUCGUCAACAGAAAUGUUGUUGUUUGUCAUUACAUGGAAGCCGUUCGACAGCCAAGUGAAUUUUGUUUUCAUUUUGCGCCCAUAUUUACCAAUCACAUCUACACAAACUCAUCUUUAGCAGUGUUAUUCUUCGUCGGUCAAAUAAAACAAAUCUUGAAUCUUAUCGUAAAAAAACUACUCUUUAGAAUGGAAUGUUAAACAGGAACAAAAGCUGAGUAACCAACAAACGAACGAAUAUUUAAAAAUGUGUAAACAAUACUACGAAAAACCAAAAUAAAAACAAACAAAAAAAAUCAAUUCAAACGUACUUUUUGCAGAAUACAAUCGGAAUCUCUUUGUGAGAAAAUAUAAUUUUGUACAUCAUGUCUAAUGCAGGUAUUAACGUCUUCCUAUGCUAUGCUGUCUAUUAUAAUUAUUAAUAUAAAAAGAUAAAGAAAACAAGAGUAACAAUGUAUUAUGGAUUAUUAUUGAUAGAUAACAAAACAGAAGCUAAGAGAAACAAAUGAAAACUUAUUAUAUAAAAAUAUACAUUGACGAAUAAAAUACAAAAAUUGAGCAAAAAUACGACAAAAAAACUGCAAAUAUACAAAACGUGAAAUCUGGUUAGAGAGGAGCGGAAUAACCAAGAGAGAAAAAGAGAGAUAGAAGGUAGUAGGGGAAAAACCAGAGCGCUAAUUUUACUAUUGCCGACGUAAGACCCAACGUCACGAAUGAAAGUUUAAUCACACCGCGAUCGUGCAAAAGUUACGCGAUCACGCCAGAGGCUAGCAGAAAUAUUUAUAUUGAAUUCUAUAUAUUUAUAAACCAUGUGUGUACCAGCUAAGAAAAAUAGGGCACACCUGGCAGAGAGUGGAAAUAAAAGAACACACGACAGCCACACGCGCGUGAAAUAUUAAAAAAAAAAUCAUUCACAAAAAACACGGGCAACUAACGGCCGCUAAACAGUCAGUGUAUAGUGGGUGACACUGUAAUAAAUAAAUGGCAGAUAAAAAAGAUGAAAAAAAAAACAAAACAAAAGAAUACAUACACACAAGCGAAACUACAGUGGAAGUGAAAGUGAAGAAUAAAUUUCAGCUUACUUAAUGUACUAUAUUGGAAAUAAAGUGAUGGAAAAACUAAA